GUUUAGAUUCAGCAGUGCCAGUCAGUGGGAGUUUGUUUCCGCACGGUCGCCAUUCAGUGCUACACAGGGAGUGCAGUGAUGGGGAAAUCGGGUUUGUUUACCGCACAGGGAGCAGGGUGUGGAUUUCAGUUGUUCCCCCAGGGAAACACAGGCUCCCUCCCUUCCAUACCGGGCUCAGCACGGCUGGCAGGGAGCUGGUGAUCUCGGUGAGGCCGUGUGGACUGGCAGGAUGCCGGGGUUACUGAUGUUUGGCAGGCGCUGGGCUAUAGCUAGUGAUGACCUGGUGUUUCCUGGAGCCUUUGAGCUGUUUGUGAGACUGAUCUGGUGAGUGAUGACAUGUCUGACAUUGAUAAACAUGUAUGGGGGGGGGGGAUCAUGGCACCUUACAGCACUGCCUACCUGUCAUUAAUGGUCAAUAUACUGCAUUAUACUGCAUUAUCUGCUAUUUACCUAACCUUCACACAGGUCAUGGUAUACAUCACACACCAGACAUAUUAGGAGAGGUUAUUUACUAAACUGAGAAUUACUGACAGUGCAAAGGAAUUUCCCUAUUUUUGGGUCACCUAUGUUUCACUUUGUGUAACCCUGUGUCUGUACAUAUAACUGCUUUCUAUGGGUGCUUCUCAUGGCAUGCCUAGCAAGGUACACAAAUCUGUAUUCAGUUAGGAGAUUAGAUAGAGGCUCAGAUAAAGGGUUAAACAUUUUAAUUCGUAUCCCUUAUAAGAGUACAGAAAGGCAAUGUUUUGGGAUAGCUGCCUUUUGGCAGAUAGUUUGCUUGGGGCGACUGUCUUUUGUUGGGUCAUCUGCUUGGGACAACUCAGAAUUAGAUCAGAAUUGCAAAAUGUAGGCUAAGAUGAUUGCCAGCUGAGUUGGCAAAAAUUUUAAAAUCAAUUUUUUUAGCCUCAGUUUUGCCAUUUGGAUUUUAAGGAACUCACCAAGCACCAUAACCAUUACAGCACACUGUAGUGGUUAUGGUACCAGGAGUGCCCUGGCACACUCCCAAGAUUAAUAAUCUCAGCCACAGUUGGGGAGCUGCCGCACAGGGACCAGCGUGGCGACUGCUAAAACUGCAGUUAAUCUAAUUUUUUUUUUUUAUGCUAGGGAGCAGAUGCAGGGGAUAUUUAAUUUGUUAGUAGAACACUUUAGUGUUAGGGAUACGCUUGUAUUGUGAACACUAAUGUUCUUUUUAAAAACAAAAAACAAAUCCACAUUCAUCUUCAAAUACUCCACUAUAACAAAGCAAAUUAAGUUUUCAUACCGCUUUCUAUUAAUCUUGAAAUUUAACUUAUAUGCAUUCCAUUUCUCUGGAUCAUCUUUGAGAUGUUUCUGCACUUUGAUUGGAGUUGACAUGUAGUAAAUCCAGUUGAUUGGACAUGAUUUAGAAAGGCUCACCAUUCGAAAUGCAUAUCAGAACAGUAACCAAGCCAUGAGCUCAGAGAUCUGGGGAACCCUAUAAAAUAAUUUUGGAUGCAUUGAAGGUUCUCAAGAGUACAGUAGCCUCCAUUAAAUGUAAGAUUCACCUUCCAACUGGACAAUGACACUAAGCACACAGUCAAGACAACACAAAAGUCGCUUAGGGACAACUCUACGAAUAUCCUUGAGUGGCCUAGCCACAACCCGGACUUGAACCCAAUCGAACAUCUCUGGAGAAACCUGAAAAUGGCUGUCCACCAACAGCCCCCAUCUAAUCUGAAAGAGCUUGAGAGGAUCUGCAGAUGAAUAGCAGAAACUACCAAAAUCCAGGUGUGCGAAGCCCAGUGCAUCACACCCCAAAUAUCUGAUUUUACUUUGUCAUUAUGUAGUAUUGAGUGUUGAUUGGUGUGAAACAAAAUGACAAUUUAAAGGGACACUAUAGUCUCCAGAACAACUACAGCUUAAUGUAGUUAUUCUGGUGAGUAUAAUCAUUGCCUGCAGGCAUUUUCAUGUUAAGGCAGUGUUUACAUUGCCCCUUAGGGACACCUCCAACUGGCCACUCGUUAGAUGGCCACUGGAGGUGCCUCCUGGCUCAGUGCUACACAGUAGGUAGCAGUGCCGUUCAGCGCUCCACGCAUUGCGUGGGAACGCUGAAUUUUCCUCAUAGAGAUGCAUUGAUUCAAUGCAUAUCUAUGAGGAGGUGCUGAUUGGCCAAAACUGCAUUUGGCUUCGCCCCCUUGCCGAAUUUUACCCAAUCCAAUGCUUUCCCCAUGGAGCCGCGCGGUGCUGGAAAUAAGUUGUUUUUACCUUUGCCCCCUAAAUGGUGGGUUUAGCACUAUAGGGUCAGGAAUACGUUUGUGUUCCUGGCCCUAUAAGUGUUCCUUUAUAAUGGUAGCAAAAGGCUGCAACACAAAAAAAUGAAGGGGACUGAAUACUUUAUGAAUGCACUGUAUGUUUCAGCCAAUUAAUAAUGCUAUUUUUUUUAAAAUUAUACUUAGAUUGUAGGCGUGUUUCUUUUGUGCUCUGCGGUGCAAAAGAAUUUUAAAAUGUUGUAAUUUAUGUCACAACUUCACCCUCUUCCUUGCAUAGCAAAGUGCAUAGCAAACAUGUUGCAUAUUGCUGCAGUCGGCUGACCACAGGAAAGUAUUGAAUGUUGAUGAUCUCUAAAGUAAGAAAUGAAAACCACUUGUUGAUAAAUUAUGAAGCAUAGUUUCAGGAUCGUAACUGAAAACAUAAAUAAUGUUCAUUUUAAAGGGACACUGUAGGCACCCAGACCACUUCAGUCCAUUGAAGUGGUCUGAGUGCCAACUCCCAUCACCUUUAACCCUGCAAGUGUAAAUAUUGCAGUUUUUAUAAACUGCAAUAAUUACCUUGCAGGGUUAAGUCCUCUUCAACUUCUUGUCCAUGAGGACCUCCAGCAUUGCCGGAAUCCCCAUAGGAAAGCAUUGAAUAAUGCUUUCCUAUGGGGAGGUCUAAUGAGCGUGCGCGCGGCCAUUGCCGCGCAUGCGCAUUAGGUCUCCAGCGGGGGAGCGUUUGGCGCUGGAUUCAGGUAGGUGUCUGAAGCGGUUUUAACCCCUUCAGCGACUUUGGAGGGAGGGGGCACUUCAGGACCCUGCAGUUUUCCUGGCACUGGAGAAUCCCUUUAAUAAGAUUCUGUCUCUAAAUUGAAACAUAUGAAAAAAAAAAAAAUCAUGUUACACCUUUUGAAUUUAGUUUUUCAUUUAGUUAUUACACGUCUCCUUCAUUGUUUUCCCAUUUAAAGUGUGUCUUUAGAAUGAGCACAAGUUGUCAUUAAAGGACCACUAUAGUGCCUUGUUUUCCUUGCACUAUAGUGCCCUCAGGGUGCCCCCACCCUCAGGGUCCCCCUCCGGCCGGGCUCUAGGGGGUGGAAGGGGUUAAACUUACCUCUUUCUCCAGCGCCAGGCGGGGGACUCUCCUCCUCCUCCCCACCUCCUCGGCUGAAUGCGCAUGCGCAGCAGGAGCCGCGCGCGCAUUCAGCCAGUCCAUAGGAAAGCAUUCACAAUGUGAUUUUCACAGUGAGAAGCGCGGAAGCCCUCUAGCGGCUGUCAAUGAGACAGCCACUAGAUGCUGGAUUAAAGGACCACUAUAGUGCCAGGAAAACAUACUCGCUUUCCUGGCACUAUAGUGCCCUGAGGGUGCCCCCUCCUGCCGGGCUGGAUGGACAGGAAGGGCAAAGAGACAUCUGACUGCUAUUUUGGGGUGAAGAAGGAAUUAUUUCCCAGUUUGUUUCAAAAUUGGAAGUGCUUCAGACUGUUUUUUUUACAUUCACUAAUCAAAUACUCUCACUGCAUCCACUAUACACACACAUAUUCUUGAAAACGUAAAAAAUUCUGGCUGGCAUGUAUAUUUUGUGCAUUUACCUUAAUAAAAAAUAAAAAAAGAUUUGCAAAUAAAUAAUAAACAUGUUUAGUUAACAGUAGAUUUGUGUAGAAAUAGUGUAUUUUUUAAAAACGGUAAAUGUACAGAAUAUUGGUAAGUUAUCGGCUAUCGGCCUGAAAGUUCACAAGUUAUCGGUAUCGGCUCUAAAAAAAAAGUGUUACUCUGACCCCUUCCCCCGGGCCCCCUGUCUCCGUCUCCUCCAACGUCAUCGCUGAGCAGGAACUUAAUGCACAUGCCCAUUUGGCCUUCCCCAUAGGAAAGCAUUAAUCUAAUGGUUUCCUGUGGGGAUUUGAACAUGCUAAAUGUCUUUAUGCAAAGUGUGAGGAAGUCCAGUGUCGUUGGAGUCAGACUGCGUUAAAACAGCAGGAAGCGCCUUUAGUGGCUGUCUGGUAGACAGCUAUUAGAGGCAGGCUUAACCCUACAAUAUCAACAUCGCAGUUUCCCUGUUGUAUUUCAAUUGCCAUCUUUCUUUGUGAUUGGAUUCCAACUUGAAAGUCUCUUGGCUGGCCUCCAAGUACUAGAGGGUUUAUAUGAGGGUGAGAGAAUAUUGAAGAAGGGGAAAGGGAGAGGAGGAAAAUAAAAUAUGAGGGGUAAGAAAAAGGGACAUAUCACAUUGACAGCAAGUUGGGUACUCUAAAUGGUAGAAGAAAAGCAUCACUCCUUGGGUACCAUAUUUUCAAAUAAGAUUUAUGGGUGUCGUUCUGCUGUCAGCUUUUUCCUAGAUAGGAUAGGCUAAAUCUUAGGUUGAGUUAAUCAGAAGCUUAGUGGAAUAUCAUUAUUUUGCUUAGCAAUAACUAGUUCGCUUAAUGUGCAGACCCUGUAAGUUAAUUUACAUUCAUGUUACUGCAAGAUGAUGUGCAGGAUUUUCGAUUCAGCAGAGCUGUCCGAGGCUCGGGAAUAAAUGUUGUUUCUAAGCAUGAAAUCCCUUUUUCUCAAAUACACUGUAAUUAACCUUUUUUUUUUUAAAUAUUUUAUUCUUGAUUCAUUAAUUUCUUCUUAUUUUUGUCUAGGUGGAUUGGCAUACUGGUGCUAUAUUCACUUCAUAAAGGACAUUUUGACUGUGUUGGUGGACCUGCUUUGAGAAGUUAUCUAAUUGUUCUCAUUGUCUUAUUGGCUGCGAUAAUAUGCUCCGUAUCUACUAUUGUAUACGUCAGUAUGCAGGGUAAGGCUUCAUUGUCUUUUCAUUCUAUGUGCGUCCUUUUUUCAUACUAAAACGCUGUAAAUGUUUUUCAUAUGAUGAAUAUUUGCGGAAAUUAUUUUAUUGUUAUUUCCAUAUCUGAGUGUGCAAUGUUCCUUUAGUAAUCAAUUACAAAUAUUGCAUAUGAUUUUUGCCUGUUUUCACAUUCACUUUUGCACCUUCACAACGUUGCCCAUUAAAGCAGUUUAUAAAAACACUGAAGCUGUAAGACAAUCUCUCAGAGCUGUCAGUCAUGCAGCCUGAAACAAGAGUUUUGUCACAUCGACAGUACAAGAGGGAUAUUCAUUGUAAUGAUGGACAGGUAAUGUCCUAUGCAGAAAAAGGAUUUGCAUGCCUGCCCUCUUGAAGUCCCUUCAAAUACCUGACAAACCAGGAAUUCAUCAGUUCUUACUUGUCCUGUGUUCAGUAUGGUUCCGGUAUCUUUCAGGAAGUUUUGUUCUGUGCUGUGAUUGUGUAGGCACCGGCUGCUAUCCGAGGGAGUUCCUUCAGCUCCAUCGCUGCCCAGGAAGUGUGCUGUGUCUUAUUGUGCCUAAUCGGUGGAGUUACAAAAUGUCUGGAUGACAUCAAUUUUUAGGCACAUGCCACACACAAAAGGUACACUUUCAUGUUUUGUGUUUUAAAUUUACCACGGUGACUGCAAAUCAGCCUGCAGACGCAGCAAGUGGAACGCACGCCCGAGAGGUAAUGUGUUUCAGACGUGCUACUGCGAUUGUGCAAAUACAACACUUUUUCUUGGCCCCAAAUUUAAUUGGCCAUGGGUAUUUCAAAAACAAAAAAAACCUUUAAUACCUGUUUGACAGCCUGGGUGCUUGACCCAACAGGAUUUCAGUGUCCACCGGCCCCCCAAGUGGUCUGCGACCAAUUAAGGUGAGAAAAAUUUAGAAAUUUUUUUUUUUUCUUUUCUUUUCUGUAGUGGCUUUUGUAUAUUGGCUCCAAAUUAGUUCUAAACUCACGAACCGCCAAACAACUGAACACUCAGGUAAUCGGCAGGGAUAGCCGCGGUCGGGCUAUUCCCGCCGUUCGACACUUCUUUAAUUCAUAUUGCUACAUAUUUCAUGAAAAUAAAUGAAUGCUUAAAACAAAUGACCGCCUAAACAAACGAACGCUCAGUACAGUGCAUUUUUUAGCUAGUUUUUUUUUUUUUUUAGCUUAGAGUUUAAAUUUGCUGCUUUACUCAGGUAAUUUACAAUGUUGCUAAAUUAAUAGCAUUAUGUACUCUUUAUGCAUGUAAAAACCUUCUGUAGCAGGUCUAUUAUAUUGAUACUGUUUAUUGUAUGAACAUUUAUAUCUAUAUCUGUCCCUUUAAACAAUAUAUGCCUUAACCAAUAGAGCACCAUCAAAAAACCUUAACCACUACAGUGUGCCAGCAGAGCCCUGGCGCCUGCUACUGUGAAUAGUAAAUCUGUUUUAAAACAAUCUGACUUCUUAUCUGGAGUCUACCAGCAGCUUCUUCCCAACUCUAUGCAGAGAAGAGCCAGAAUCCUGGUUUUGUUAGUUUACUGAGCGAAGUUAUUUUCGGUGAAUCAUUCAAAUAUGUAUUUUCAUGCAAUUACUGAUCCUUUCGAAAGAUAUGUUUAAUUACGUAUGAAAAACUAUUAAUGUUUUAAAAUCAAUGUGGUAUUGGCCAGUCACAUAGAGAGUGUCAAGUAGUCCUAAGAUGGGUCAAUAAUACAUUAAUAUGGCCAGUCAUUCAGUAUGUCUCAUGUAUACCAAAUUACGCUCGUAUUGGCAUUAUGUCUUUCAGAAUUUAGGUCAAUAUCUUGUCGCUUACCAACCCGUCCCAUUGAUUUCUUUGUACAUGGUACAUCAGUUUCAGUACCUGUUCAAAUGGGUACGCUAGCAUCUACCCGAAUACGCGAUCUGUACCACACAUAUACAAACCUAUAUUCCGUUCUGUAUUAUACCCGUUUCUGGCUAAGGGAAUCAUUAGCACAUUGCCUAUUUCAAUUCGGACACUCACUGUUCUGAUAAUUAACUAUGGAAACUUAAGUACUCAUAGGAGUAGUGUUACUAUUUACCUGUUACCCGUUAAGAAAGGGUCAUUGGUCCAUAACCAUAUAUUUUCUAUAUAUUUAUUAAAAAACCUAAACAGCGUGUAAUUCAGUGAGAGUUUAAAUUCCCUCCUUUUGUGCAGAAUGCCUAAUUUAAGUCUAACAUGUAUCACGUCCAUACAUUGGUACGUUGUUGUCGGAUGAUUCAGACCGAUCAGUUUGACAGUGCAAUUGCCAAUCUCAAAUUACAUUUACGUAAGUUUCACAUCCAUGUUACCUAUUAUUUUCUGUUUAACUAUAACCCAUUAAGUAACUUAAUCUACAUAAGGCAUAAUCUAAUACGGUUAAUUAAGAGGUUAAUAUUUUAGAUUUCCUUUCCUUUUAAAAAGACACCUAAAUUUCAGGUUUAGAACUACAUUCUACCAUUUAGAUAGCUACUGGUUCAUUAUUGUCUCCUGUCUCUAUCAGUUAAAAAUACAAUUUCGUUCAUGUUUCAAUCUACUGCCUCUACAAGGCCACGCAUUUCUACGAUGGGGUAUUGGGGUACAGGGGUUUGAUUUCCCGCCUUGCCAUGUCAGGCCACGGCACCACUCGAUAACUCGUCAUACGCUCAUUCGAAUCACUAUCUGUAAACAUUUGCCCUGAUUCUAAGAAACCUUGCUCAUUUCACCCUCCUCUUUGCUUCAGGUACUACCACGCUUUCAUGGCACGACGCCUUCCCAAAUCUCCCUUCAGGGAUCUAUAGUACAUGUCCCGGGAAUCUUCAGCACCCUUGGGGUCUAAAGAUACUAUACUAUCAGCUAUGUCUCUAUAAAAACAAAAAAAAACUACAAUAUGCUAAACAUCAAUUUUAUCUCAACUACAUUUUCUUUCCUCUUCUUUCUUCCUCCUUUCCCUCUCUUCUUCUUUUUUUUUUUUUCUUCUCUUUCCUCUCUUUCUCCGACAUAGGAACCUCAAGGUACCUUUACAAACCACAACUUGGGUGUCGCUAAAUACAUUACAUUACCUCCUCAUCAAGCCCCCGUCUAGGGUCAGAGAACUGGCUAUCUGGCCUUAGUUGUACAAACUCCCCAAUCUCAACAAGGAGAUUUUCGCAUUCACCCACCUAUCGGGUUUAUAGUCAGGGCCUCACCUGUCACGGCCACAUGUUUUUGGUCUUUUACUGUCACCGAGAGGCUGACACCCCGCCACCACGCUAGUGGCUCGAGCCCCACGCCCAAAUCAUAGGUAGAGCCUCUCACCCGCUUGGCAACUAGCAGGGCCUCACCUGUCACGGGGUAGAUAGCUUUUCCCUUUGACACUAGUUAGCCAGCCAGUUCUACAUAAACUCAACUGUGUUUAAUUGAUCAGUUCAUUGUUGUUGUGGUUUUUUCUUUUUCAGCAUGUCCCAUUAAGCCAACAACAGGAGAAGAACCGUCCCUCCCUAGUGCAGCCGCUAAGUCAUACACCCCCACUAGGCCCGCUGCCCUCAGCAUAUCUCUAUUAUCAUACACGCCAGGCUCUUUUAGAUUCCGAACUAUCCCCAGGAGGGUUUGUACAAACACGUACUCCCGCCAACUCACAGGGUAGGCCCCAUGCAUCUCCCCCCCUCCCCUCACUAUCUGAGUACCCACCUACUAAUUUGUAGUAAUUUUAUCACAACAAUAUAUAGUUCUAGUGAAUACAGUUUGUUACGCAUGCAUCAUAUGCCUUGGGACUCAUGGCAAGCCAUAUACCCUUAAAAAUUGAAUGUCAUAUAUACAAGGUAAAUAAGUGUGGUUGUUCUACUUAGGUCUGUCCCCGCGCCUGUAAAUAAUUACACACGGGUCCCACACUUGGUUGAGACACCUUAGAGGUCCCGAUCUCCUCAGCUAGGUACAUACCGUAUACUGUAGACCAUCAGCAAUACUCCUAAACAACGGCUCACCAUUGAUCUGUCUGCUCAUUCGUCCACAACUCAUACUUAACACCCUAAUAUUAUCCACAUAAUUCUCUCUACAGUAUGUCACAGCAGAUACAAGUAAUUGUGAGGGCGGGUAAACCACAUGACACAGUAAGACCGAUUUCUCCAACACCUUCAUGUUGCUAGUCAUCCGUCUCCCCCCCUUAUGGUAUGUUCAUGGGGGUAAGUGGUGUGUGAAGUGUUGCUUUACUAACAGACUCACUUUGGUGGGAGUAGCAGGGAAAUAUUUGAUGCAUUUGCAAAGGCUCACUAGCUAUCCCUCAUUAUCACUAGGUGCAUCACGGUGAUACAUUAUCUAGUAGAUUUCCUAAUAGUGGAAUAGAAACUGCACUCCUACAAGGAUAAGGUACACUACAGCAGGGUUAAACUCUAGGCACUCCUCUGUCACGAGACAAACUAAUAAAACACCACCGGACUUGAUUUAAUAGGUUCAUACUGAAUUCAGGUACCAUACAGUCAAAUCUCCCAGAGGAUAACUUGUGCGCAUUCAUGAAGACGAAACAGGUUCCGUCAGCUGGGAACUCAUAAUUGGAACACCGGCAAAUCAUUGCUGGGUUCUUGGAACUUCGCUAUGCACAUUAUCCCUCUGGUGAGAUCAUUUAGUUACAGUUACGCUUAUUACCGGGUCUGCCUGACGGAGAUAUUGAGAUUUAGAUCCCCUGGCAAGGACAAACCUGGUCAUGUGAUAAGAGUCGUUAGAACCCGGGAUUGGGGCUUCUAUGUUCAUCCCGCCAGGAUCUGUCAAAUUCCCAGUCUCUCGUACAGAAGCGACCACUAAUACUGGGUUACAGCAAUCUACAAACUAUUGAUUGGGGAUUGCUGGGUAAGAGUCACGGACUACCAUCUUUACGAAACACCGGCCUUAGUCGAAUUACCCGAUAUAUGGCGACCGCAUUUGCAUAGAGAAUCCUGGUAGGGCAUGGCAGUCAAAGGUUAUACAAAUAUGGCAGUCUGCGGCAUAAUUUCAUACAGGUCAUUUAUCUUCAUUGACCAUUAUGAGGAUAGUUCGUGGGCUGUCCUGGUUGCCUGACACUUUCAGCUCUUCCUCUAUCAGGAAUGCAUCACAGGCUAAUCCAAAUUGGCCACAAACGCUUUUGCCCCGUCAUUAGUUAAGAAUUCUUCGUUCCUCACCAACUGACAAACACCCAACCCAAACUUCACAUUUCAACGUUAUAAUCUGGUCUAACCUAGCUAUUGUAACAAGGAAAAAGAGAAAGACAGCGCUAGAUAACUUAUAGGCAGCAACCUUUUAAAGGGGAUCCCUCAAACCCUUUAAUUUGGAUAAAAUAAGAAAAAGAAGAAAAAAGGCUGCGCACACAGAUAAAAUUGAAAAAAAUAAAUAAAUAAAUAAAAAAAUUAUUUUUAAAUAAAAUAAAGUCCAAUUAGAAAGAAGGAAAAGUCCAAUGUUAUUGUCCUUACAGAUAGUCUUUGCUGUUGACGUCUUCUACUUUGUAGUGAAUCCACUUAUAUGAAAGAUAAAAAGAGAGAGGGGGACAACCAAUAGUGUAGUAUGUAGAGUUCUAAUAUGGAUGUGUAGAAAUAAUAAUAUAAAACUCACAUUUAUCAGAGCUAAUGUCCUAGCUCUGGAAUAAAGCGCAUACGGCGGUUUGAUCCCCGCUUAUGGGAUAUAGAUGGGUUCCUCUCUGUGAUACGUGUCCAGUUUCUCUAAAUAAAAGAGACAGCCAAUAGUGCUCACUGUAUAGCAAUAUUGAUAAAAUAAUAAAAGAAUGUACUUACAAAACCAGAGCAGACCAACUGCUCCGUGAUGACAGCUUGGGUGGAUUGAUCCCCACCUUGGAUUUCUUUAAAUGCAGGAAGCUUCCAGGGGUUUUCAGGUUUUUUUUAAAAAACAAUAAAAAUAAUAAUUAAAAAGCCAGGGUAAAAAGAGUAUUAUGUGUCUAUAAAAAAAGAUUAUUGGCACAAACAAAUGACCAAAAAAUAUUUUAAUAUAUUUACAAACACAAUAAUUAAAUAUCCAUAACGCGUUUCGUCUAAGACUUUAUCAAAUGGAAUAACAGAUGAUACCUGGCUUGUAGGUGUUAUAUAGGAACAUAACUCAUUUGAAUUUGGCGCCAAAAAUUGGUCCGUCCAAUCAGAAACAGAAUCACAUUUAAAACUUAAAAUAUGUUCAAAACUUAGUCAGUAUAUAAUUUAUAGUAAUAUAACUUGUUUCUAAUGGUUAGAAAUCAAAAACGAGGGUUGAAAAGUAUAAUUUAGAACAUUUUAAAACAAUCACGUGACAUACGGCACUUCCGCAUUUCGGAGGUUUUCGCCGCAAUGCCUUAUGGGAAAUGUAGUUAAAAGUUAGCCGCGACCGGCGGCCGCAUACAGAAGUAAAAAAAACCAUAAUCAUACAUAACCUAAGAAGAUUUAGUGCCUUGGAGGCAUUUUCAUUGUAGAGCAUAGAUUUUAAGUUAUAAAUAAAACAGGGGGGCACAUAACUAAUACAUUACUUCCUCAAAAUGGAGGUUUUUGCCCAAGUGCAACCUGGGAAAUGUAGUUAUCUUUAAAAAUAAAUAAAUAAAAAAUGAAGUAUGGAAGUUUCACCAUUGCAAAUUAAAAUAAAGGUAUACAGAAUAAGAACUUAAUUUGUAAAAUACUGGCAACAUUAAUACAAUAAAAAUAGAUGUAUAAAAAGGGAUUGUAUACAUAAAAAGAAUAUAUAAGCCAUUCAUAUUAUAGACAGCAAUAAAUAAUACAAAUAUUAUUUUACAUAAAAGUCAUAAAAAAUUGUGUAGAUCAAAGUCAGCAUUAAGACCAUGGGGUAUAAGAGUCUGAAGUUUAUACACCCAUUCCAUCUCGGUUUUUCCAAGCAGUUUUUUUAUGUCACCUCCACGCCAAGAGGUAAAGCAUUUUUUUAUACCAAUGCAUUUUAAUAGGCGUGGGUCCUUAUUGUGCAUAAUAAAAUGUUUGGAUACUGUAUGAUUUAAGUAUCCAUUUUUAAUAUUUCUGCAAUGUUCGCUUAGCCUUAUCUUUAAGCACCUUGUGGUCAUCCCCACAUAUUGGAGGCCACAUGGGCACUCAAGCAGAUAAAUAACAUUUUUCGUGUUGCAGCAUAUAAAAUCAUAGAUAUUGUACACUUGUUUUGUCUGAUUGGACAUAAAACUUGAGACUUUUGAUGAAAUAGAAUGAUCAGUAGUUUUGCAUACAAUACAUUGUUUACAUCUAUAAAAACCCUUUGUCUGGGGAAAAAAAGACAGAUUUUUGGGAGGAGAUUUUUUAGUAAAAUUAGUAGUUAAAAUAGAUUUAAAAUUGGGUGCUCCUCUAAAAACAAUAUUUGGAUGAACAGGUAUAAUAGAGCUAAGUAUCUCAUCAUGUUUGAGUAUAUGCCAGUGUUUUCUUAUUAUUCGUUUAACAUCUUUACUUUUAUUAUUAAAAUUAAAAAUAACUGGGAGUACUAUUGGUUCAUUGUUUUCUUUGUUUUUGUAUGUUAAAAGUUCUUUUCGUUCCUUUUGUUUGACAGUAUUUAUAGUAGUGUUCAAUUCUGAUUCUGAAUAUUUUUUUUCCAUGAAUUUAUUUUUUAAAAAAUCCGCUUGUUCAUUAAAAUCUGUAAGUUCUGAGCAAUUUCUCCGGAGGCGUAAAAACUGGCUUUUUGGAGCACUUUCAAGCCAGGGCUUAUAAUGGCAACUGGAUCUGUCUAUAGCCGUAUUUACACAUACUUUUUAAAAAAAUGUUUUUGUUUGGACUUGUCCAUUGUUGAUAAAAAUAUUAAGAUCUAGAAAAUUUAUGGAUUCUUUACUAAAUUCGUGUGUAAGAAUAAUGCCCCUAUUAUUGGUAUUUAAAUGAUUAAUAAAAUCAAUAAGAUGGUUCUCUUGUCCAUCCCAAAUACAAAAGAGGUCAUCUAUGUAUCGAAAAUAAGAGACUAGGUUUGCCCGCCAUUGGUGAUUACCCCAGAUGGCUUCAGAUUCCCAGUUAGCCAUAAACAAAUUUGCAUAACUGGGGGCAAACCUAGUCCCCAUAGCAGUACCCCUUUUUUGCAAGUAAAAUGAAUCUAAAAACCAGAAAUAAUUGUUUUUUAAAAUAAUAUUUAUACCUUCUAUUAUAAAAUCUAUUUGGAUAUCGGGAAUCCUAGCUUCAUGAAUUAAAAUUUCUUUUAUAGCUUGACAGCCAAUGUCAUGAGGAAUAAUAGUAUAAAGAGACUGUACGUCGCAUGUGACUAGUAUAAAACUAUUUUUCCAAGUAAAAUCAUUUAAAAAUUUUAAAAGUGACAUAGAGUCUUUUAGAUAGGAUUUCAUGAGUUUGACCGAAGGCUGAAGAAGGGUAUCAAUAUAUUGGGAAAGGUUACAUAAGAGAGAACCUAUCCCAGAAACAAUAGGUCUACCUGGGGGGUGUUGCUCAUUUUUAUGAAUUUUGGGGAGAAAGUAGAUGACAGGAGUAAUCGGGAAUUUUUUGUUUAAAAAAUUAAAUUCAUGUUUGUUUAAAAUAUUUAGAUUAAGACCUUUGUUUAAAAAAUUAAGUAAAAUAGUUUGUAUAUUUUUAGUAGGGUCAGAUACAAGUUGUUCGUAUAUUUUAAUAUCUUUCAAUUGUCUGUGAGCUUCAUCAAUGUACAUUUUGCUAGACUGGAUGACUACUCCACCUCCUUUGUCAGCUGAUUUAAUAACAAUGUUUUUAUCAUUUUGGAGUUCUUUGAUUGCCUGUCUUUCGGCAUUUGUGAGAUUAUUAGUAUCAUAUUUCUUAUAUUUAAUUUUUUCUAAAUCUUUGUGAACAAGUUUCUCAAAUAAAAUCAAAGGGGCUGAUUUAAAAUGAGAUGGGUAAAACUUAGAUUUUUCUCUAAGGUGUGUAUUUAAAAAUGGACUUUUAUCUGUGUUUUGUGAAGGGGGUGAAGUGGUUAAAAUUGGUUCUUUGUCAUCUUUACUUAUAAAAAAUCUUUUAAGUGUAGCCUUUCUAACAAAUUUGUUUACAUCAAGAAAGGCUUGAAAUGAAUUAAAAGAUGAGGUAGGGGCAAAUUUAAGACCUUUACUUAAAACAGACAGUUGUGCAGCUGUUAAAACUUUUUGAGAGAGAUUAAAAAUGCCAUUGCACGAGUUGGUAGAGGGUAUUAUUGUCUUUCUAGUCUUUCUCUUUUGUUGCCGUCUUCCACUUCGUCUUCCUCUAAACUUAAAAUUCUUUUUUGGGAGCGUGAUGGGUGUGGUGUCUGGGCUAAUGCUGGUUGGUGAGUACGUAUCUCUAAAAAAUGAUCCUCGUUGUCAAAGUCUGAAUCGACUGAUAGUAAUUGAUACCUAUUAGUGUGAUUUGGAAUAGUAGGUGAUUUAGAGUAAUUGGAAUAUGUAUUAUGAUCAUUGGUAUACCUGGGUCUUUGUGGUUUUGGUGAAAAGUUGAAACCAGAAGAAUUUUGAUAUUUAGGUGAUCGGGGUGCAGGAUUAUAAUUUCGAUGAGGAAAUUUUCUUUGUUUGUGUGAGGGUAGUUGGUAUGCAUUAGUGUUACCUUGAAAUUGAAAUUUGGAAGAAACGUGAGAUUGAUGGGGAAAAGUUUUUAAUGUGAGUGGGGAUUGGUGAUAGGAUCUCCGUGUAGUAUUGUUCUGAUAAUUUUGGGGUGGGUGUUGUGACAUAUUGUUGUAAGAAUAAGCAUUUUUAUACGCAUAGUUUUGGUGAUUAGGUCUAGAGGAGUAAUUUUCUGAAGUGUACUUUUUUUUGUAAUGGUAAGUUCUUACUUGUUUGUUAGAGUAGUCAGUUUUAUCUCGAAUGUAUUUUUUGAUUUUUAGGUGUUUUGUGUCAACUUCAACUUUUUCAAUUUUAUUUUGAAUAAGUAUGGAGUUUUGUUUAUAAGCCUUAGUUUCGGUGAAUGGUAAAAGUUGUUCUCUAAGUUCGUUUAUCUCGAUGUCUAGAACAGACAAUUUUUUACUUUUCUUGACUAUUAGUGUUUCCAUUAAACCGAAAGUGCAUAGCUCUAAUUUAUUGUUCCACUCCUCCAUAAACUCAAGAUCAUCUUGAUCAGAGGUGGGUAAUUUUAGAAGCCUUAAACCACGGGGGGUAAUUUGCUCAUCUAUAUAUUUUUUAAAAGUGGCAAUUUCCCAUUUAAGCUUUAUUUCUGUGGAUAGGGCUUUCUCUAAUUUCAUAAAGAGAUCUUGUUGGUUGGAGUAUUGAGGAAUUGUUUGUAUAGUAUUAAUUAUCUCUGUAUUAAAUACAUUAUUUACAUCAAUAGUAUAUUUGUUUCUGAAUUCAAAGAUAGACAUUGUAAAAAGUUAAAAAGCAGCUAUCCCAAAAGGGAAAUUGGAGAAAUGGUAACAAGGAAAAAGAGAAAGACAGCGCUAGAUAACUUAUAGGCAGCAACCUUUUAAAGGGGAUCCCUCAAACCCUUUAAUUUGGAUAAAAUAAGAAAAAUAAGAAAAAAGGCUGCGCACACAGAUAAAAUUGAAAAAAAUAAAUAAAUAAAAAAAUUAUUUUUAAAUAAAAUAAAGUCCAAUUAGAAAGAAGGAAAAGUCCAAUGUUAUUGUCCUUACAGAUAGUCUUUGCUGUUGACGUCUUCUACUUUGUAGUGAAUCCACUUAUAUGAAAGAUAAAAAGAGAGAGGGGGACAACCAAUAGUGUAGUAUGUAGAGUUCUAAUAUGGAUGUGUAGAAAUAAUAAUAUAAAACUCACAUUUAUCAGAGCUAAUGUCCUAGCUCUGGAAUAAAGCGCAUACGGCGGUUUGAUCCCCGCUUAUGGGAUAUAGAUGGGUUCCUCUCUGUGAUACGUGUCCAGUUUCUCGAAAUAAAAGAGACAGCCAAUAGUGCUCACUGUAUAGCAAUAUUGAUAAAAUAAUAAAAGAAUGUACUUACAAAACCAGAGCAGACCAACUGCUCCGUGAUGACAGCUUGGGUGGAUUGAUCCCCACCUUGGAUUUCUUUAAAUGCAGGAAGCUUCCAGGGGUUUUCAGGUUUUUUUUAAAAAACAAUAAAAAUAAUAAUUAAAAAGCCAGGGUAAAAAGAGUAUUAUGUGUCUAUAAAAAAAGAUUAUUGGCACAAACAAAUGACCAAAAAAUAUUUUAAUAUAUUUACAAACACAAUAAUUAAAUAUCCAUAACGCGUUUCGUCUAAGACUUUAUCAAAUGGAAUAACAGAUGAUACCUGGCUUGUAGGUGUUAUAUAGGAACAUAACUCAUUUGAAUUUGGCGCCAAAAAUUGGUCCGUCCAAUCAGAAACAGAAUCACAUUUAAAACUUAAAAUAUGUUCAAAACUUAGUCAGUAUAUAAUUUAUAGUAAUAUAACUUGUUUCUAAUGGUUAGAAAUCAAAAACGAGGGUUGAAAAGUAUAAUUUAGAACAUUUUAAAACAAUCACGUGACAUACGGCACUUCCGCAUUUCGGAGGUUUUCGCCGCAAUGCCUUAUGGGAAAUGUAGUUAAAAGUUAGCCGCGACCGGCGGCCGCAUACAGAAGUAAAAAAAACCAUAAUCAUACAUAACCUAAGAAGAUUUAGUGCCUUGGAGGCAUUUUCAUUGUAGAGCAUAGAUUUUAAGUUAUAAAUAAAACAGGUAGGCAGGGGGGCACAUAACUAAUACAUUACUUCCUCAAAAUGGAGGUUUUUGCCCAAGUGCAACCUGGGAAAUGUAGUUAUCUUUAAAAAUAAAUAAAUAAAAAUGAAGUAUGGAAGUUUCACCAUUGCAAAUUAAAAUAAAGGUAUACAGAAUAAGAACUUAAUUUGUAAAAUACUGGCAACAUUAAUACAAUAAAAAUAGAUGUAUAAAAAGGGAUUGUAUACAUAAAAAGAAUAUAUAAGCCAUUCAUAUUAUAGACAGCAAUAAAUAAUACAAAUAUUAUUUUACAUAAAAGUCAUAAAAAAUUGUGUAGAUCAAAGUCAGCAUUAAGACCAUGGGGUAUAAGAGUCUGAAGUUUAUACACCCAUUCCAUCUCGGUUUUUCCAAGCAGUUUUUUUAUGUCACCUCCACGCCAAGAGGUAAAGCAUUUUUUUAUACCAAUGCAUUUUAAUAGGCGUGGGUCCUUAUUGUGCAUAAUAAAAUGUUUGGAUACUGUAUGAUUUAAGUAUCCAUUUUUAAUAUUUCUGCAAUGUUCGCUUAGCCUUAUCUUUAAGCACCUUGUGGUCAUCCCCACAUAUUGGAGGCCACAUGGGCACUCAAGCAGAUAAAUAACAUUUUUCGUGUUGCAGCAUAUAAAAUCAUAGAUAUUGUACACUUGUUUUGUCUGAUUGGACAUAAAACUUGAGACUUUUGAUGAAAUAGAAUGAUCAGUAGUUUUGCAUACAAUACAUUGUUUACAUCUAUAAAAACCCUUUGUCUGGGGAAAAAAAGACAGAUUUUUGGGAGGAGAUUUUUUAGUAAAAUUAGUAGUUAAAAUAGAUUUAAAAUUGGGUGCUCCUCUAAAAACAAUAUUUGGAUGAACAGGUAUAAUAGAGCUAAGUAUCUCAUCAUGUUUGAGUAUAUGCCAGUGUUUUCUUAUUAUUCGUUUAACAUCUUUACUUUUAUUAUUAAAAUUAAAAAUAACUGGGAGUACUAUUGGUUCAUUGUUUUCUUUGUUUUUGUAUGUUAAAAGUUCUUUUCGUUCCUUUUGUUUGACAGUAUUUAUAGUAGUGUUCAAUUCUGAUUCUGAAUAUUUUUUUUCCAUGAAUUUAUUUUUUAAAAAAUCCGCUUGUUCAUUAAAAUCUGUAAGUUCUGAGCAAUUUCUCUUUUUCUUUUUCUUUUUCUUUUUCUUUUUCUUCUUUUUCUAACCUAGCUAUUGGCACACUGUCACGAAUAGCCGUAUCCGCUAACACUACAUUACACACAAUAGCACUGUGGACAUUCUUCGAAGGUUCUCAGUGGAAUACAACGUCCACAAGCAUACAAUUCAAAUUAGGGUAUAAUUUACCGCAUUUUGCCGCAUUUUGCCCCCUUCAUUAUUUCAGACAAUAUCAAACUCUUCCCUUUCAGACAUACAGCACCACCUCCCGACAGCCAUUUUCAACCAUACUCCUUUUUCCUUAAAUGCUUACUCAACAAGGGUUUCAAGGUAUAAGUAAUCGAUUCAUCAGCCCACGAAUAACAUACCCCCGUGAUGGGGGGGUCAUCAGUCUCAUUAGGCAGCAUUUGAAUUACACAACCGGGUCAUAUACCUCCUUGUAUUGAACCUUCUUUGGCUUCCUGAGUCCUAGAACCUUCUCGAUUAAAGCUAAUCAGACAGACAGGCAUUAUGUCUCACCAAGAAAGACUACCUCAUGUCACUCCAACAUUCUAACCAGAAAUUAAGUCACUUACACUAGGCAAUCCCCCUAACUUCUUAAAAGGCCCUUUACAAGUAACUCUAUGCAUUAAAUCAGGUUGGGACCCUGCCUCUUAAGACAUCCGUUCAGAAUAGGGACCGCAUCAAUCACAUCCAGUUGCAGGACGCCAGCGCACAUGAUAAAUUAAGUUCACUUGGAAUCAGCUAUUUUAUACAGAUACAUUUUGCAGCGGGGGAAGAGGUAAGGCAAGCGUAUCUUAUAUUGUAAUCUUGUUGCUAUAAGUGUGUUUUCCUGCAUUUCUUUUUGCCCCCUUUUUACAGGCCUACCCCUACGUCGGUUCCGGCCCACCACAACGACUUAAUUCCAAUCACAAAUGAUAUACAGAUGUCUAGCCUGACUUUUCCAAGAAAGAAUGGAAAAAGAGAGAAUAACCAGCAAUUACCAGCAAAAUGACAAAGAUACUCCACUGCCCAAAUAGAAAAAAAAAAAAUUAGAAAAAAAGUCACUGUUUAAUAUAUACCUCAAAUGAAUACAUGCAUGCAUUUCACUGUGCAGUUAUUUUCAUUGGGGACAUGGAUAGAUUGAUUUAUCUGUACUGCCAAUUAUUAGAGCCUAUAUUUGGCAUAUUUCUUGUAAUUUACUAUUUUUACUGGUUACUUACUCACCUCUCCCUGUCAUUGCAUGACGUCUUCCGUAUCUGGAAACUCCAGCCUUCAGCUAAUGAGGCGCCACACCAAAACCUCAUGUCACGCCUCUUGUGAGCUCCCGCAUGCGGAGUUCAGCUGGAGGCAGGAAGUUGAGACAGUGAAUAAUCUACUGUUAUGCACUGGGUUGGCUGACUGAGAGUGAUAGAAGUAUGAUGGCUGUCAACACGUUCAGUUAAUGCUAGAUUUGUGUAGAAAUUGUGUUGCUUUUUCCAAACUUUUAAAUGUACAGAAUAUCGGCACCAGUUAUCUGCAAUCGGCCCAAAAGGCAACUGAUAAUCUGUAUUGGCUCUGGAAAAAAUAUAUUGGUUUAUCAUUUAAUUGGGAGUAUAACUAAAAAUAACUUGCGAAAUCUGUAAUUCCCUUGUCUGCUGCCUUUCUAAGCCCUCCCCUUCUAACCUCACCCAGACUUUCUGUGGCUGUCCAAUCACAGACUUUCCAAUGUAGUUCAAUAAGAAGUCUUUGCAAGGCAUGUGCUUUGGGCAAUUGCUGCCUCUUGAGUUUAUCUCCACUGAGCUAAACAACCAGGAAGUAACAGGACUUUUUCUCUGUUUAAAAGCCAGGUGGGUGUAACCAGGUUAAUUUAAAAAAAAGUCCCAAUUUCUAUUGAUAUCUACACUUUUUGUAAAAUGAAAAAAUAGGGCACACUCUUCACUCAUAAAGUAGUUCAAGCAAGCUAAAGUGCUUUAGAGUUCCCCUUUAAAAGUGUCAUGCAAAUCAAAGCAGUUAAGAUUGUGCAACUACACUUCCUGAUGGCUGCCGAAAACAGCUUUGGCUUUUGUAGAGCUUCCUGAGAACAUUACAUAACAAAAGGAUAUGAAUUCCUUCCUUCCCUUCCCCAUGGUUACAAGAGAACCUGUUACAUGGGACUUAUCUCUGGUAUCGAAGGACCCUCUAAACCUAUAUAUCAGGGUACCCAAAAGGUAGAUCCCCAGAUGUUUUAAAACUACAGCUUCCAUGAUGCUAUGUCAUUCUUAAGACAUUUUAAAGGCAUGCAAGGCACCGUGGGAAUUGUAGUUCUGCAGCAUCUGGGGAUCUACCUUUUGGGCACCCCUGCUAUAGAUGAAUGUUACCUAUAGUUGUAUAUAGCUACAUCGUGGGCAGCAGAGAUUAAGGCCACACGAAAGACGUGUGUGGAGCGACUAUUUGUCUCCACGUAACACGUUUAUUGGACACCAUCAGCUAGACAUCUUGGCAUCCGUGGAAGAGUCAUUUGGACAGAAGGUGUUGAAAGCAUGUGUAAUCUGAAGAGACCCAUCCUAUGUGGGAGCUCUUGCUCUCUCCAUCCUAUUCUGCCACAUAUAGUUGGAGUUGGUGUGUUUUUAUUUUUGUUCUUUUUAAAUCUUAUUAGUUAGUGAGUCCCUGGUUUGUCGGGUAUUUAAAGGGGCUUCAAUGAGGUGGGCAUGCUAAUCAAUACAUUUUAUUGAUGGACAGGUAGCCAGCACUGCCAAAAAAAGACCUUUUAUAUAUGUAUUAUAUACACACACAAAACCAAGUGGGAUGCACUCACCGGAACAUGCUACAUUAUAGGGUGCUGCUGGGGCAAAAUCAUACAACAUACCAGAUCCAGCGCACUCACGAAUUCACUAAACAAAGCUUACAGAAUUUUAAUAGGGGUGUUUUUCUUUCCUUAUUUAUUUAUUUAAUGAAUGAAUGAUCAUAUACUGUAACUAAAUCCACAUUUAGGCUGUGUAAAGCCAGGGGCAUAUAAGUAGAAGCGUGCCCAAAUUAGUAAUAGCCAAUAGAGCAAAACAAAGGGUAUAACAAAACGGUAUGUACCCAAAACACUUGUGUCACCCUGGUACCCGGUGUAAUUUGUAGUGGAGCCCCCAAGGGCUCUCACUGCCACACCACCAAUGCCAGUAUAAUUUGUGUUUAAUGUAAAAUAACAAAUUAAAUUAGUAUUAUUUUUAGAUUUUUUUAGGUGGAGGGAGAGGCAUGUAGUUGGGAUCAUCAGAAGACAAUGGUAAAAUCUAUAAAAUAUAGUCUCCAGUUACAGUCAAAAAGUAGCACUUACAGAGUUCUUUUAAUAAAAUUUUUAAUUCUUUAUUUUUGAUGUGCAUGAAUAGAUUGUGAAUAAUACACACAUAAAAGUUAUAAUCAGGCUUAAUUGUUAUCCAUCAAGCAAAACAAUAAACUGCACAUUUUUUGAAAGUUAGAAAAAAAGAUUAGUUCGAUGCAUGGAGGUGAGGGGUGAGAGUCAUAGAAAAAGAUCUUUGAGGCAUGUUGUAUGCACUGGGUCAGUCAAAGGUCAAUCAGACUGAACAUGCUCAUACAAUAUGAUAAUAAAGGCUAUUCAAUCAGUCAGGCUCAUUAACUAAGAUAAAAACUGGUUAAUCCUCUCAUUUUAGUGAAUAUGUGUCAGUGUAGUGUGACUGCGUCUAACUAUGUACGAUAGCAAACCAAUGAAAAAUUGCAGGUACAGCAAAUAGAGGUAACAGAUGUGGAAGGGUUGCUGCUAGGCAAGCUUAUAAUGGUCAUGGGGACUAUAUGGAACAUAAUAGCUAUAACCACAUGCAGGUAAGUCCCAAAAUACACGAGGUGGAACCGCCUGGGAAUGUAAGCAGACAGUCAGCCUAUUCUCAAGACAGGGAAGCACAUGGCAGGUAAGCGUGGGGUCCUAGCGAUGCCCCAAGGGCAAUGUGGGGAGUCCCUCCUGCUCCAUGCCGGUUCAUAAGCCUGCAUCUGUGUUUCCCCUGACCCAGGGGUAAGGGUCCCAGUCCACCUCUACACGGGAGGGAUAGCAGUCCGAGUUGGCAUGCCGCUAACCGUAGCGGUCUGCUUUCUGUGUAUGCUGCCUUGGGAUCCAGCCUGUAGUGGUUCGCACCCUGGACGUGCUGGUAGAUGGACAAAGGCGAGUAGGGAAGGAUUGCUCGAAGGCAGCUCCUUCCUCCCUCGGUCUGCAUCCCUCCGGUUCUCCGCUUGGAUUUGAGGUGCUGAGAUUGACCCACUUGCCUCCAGGUCUUUCCAGAAGAUGUCUUCUAACCUCUUAAGUAAUUGAUCCACUGCGCUUGGCAUUUCCACUGCAGGCUGCGUGGGCUCAGAGGUUCCAGUAGUGAGCUCAGUCGCCAUCUUCUUGAGGUGUGCUGAGUAAGGCGCUUGUCUAGUGCUGCCAAAGUAAUGAUACAGGUAGUGAGCCAGUGGGGGCCAGGAUUACCUCCCUCUCUUCCCCCCACCCGGUCCACAGGGGUGAGGGGGGGUACUGGGCUCAGUGUCCUCAAGAGAGAAUGCCCGGGCACAGAGAUCGGCUGCUUCCCCGGCCAGGGAACCAACAGGUUAUAGGCCGCACCCUCAGGCUUGCAAAGGUGCUGGUGCUGAAAUUCACUCCAAAGGUGCCCCGGCUCUGCCAGAUGAGGGUACCAACUGAAGGAGGUUUAAUAGUGGAGUAUUUUUUUGAAAAACACUGUUUAGUUAAGUUCAGUCAGGAGAUCAAAUUGUCUGCGACCACCCAGCAUGGCCUCCCAGCCCCCACCCUCUUAUAGAGUUUUAAAUGCUAGAGCAGGCACUUCCUCUUGUUCUGGAGAAAUGACUUUUGAGGAAUGUGUUACUCAUCCUGAAGGCACCUGACAGGUUAUAAGUGAACCUUGCACUUUGACCCACAGCAGAGUCAUCAUAUUAAGAAAGCUCCUGACUUCAGUGAUACCUUUAACCAUUCGCUGCUGAUACCCACGUGUCUAUGUGCAGAGCCAGCGCUCAAUAUGACCAAAAAAAAUUAUCAUUUUAUAAAGCUAAUCUUAUUUUAAAAAAACUCAUAAUAAUAAUAAUGUCCUCAGAUGUUCUUUUUAUUUAAUGCUCAGUGCAGUUUUAAGCACGGAAAAUUAAUGGAUGCCAACUUUAUAUUUAUAGCAAUAUUAAUGAAGCCAGCCUUUCUACCUAAAAUCUCUCAGCCCUAUUCUUAUCCAAGCCAUCGUUUUCAUCACUUUCUGUGUUUUAAUUCUCUAUUAGAGAAUUGUGUCCAUAUUCAUUGUCUGUGCCUACAUUUUUCAGUUCACUAGUUGGUACUUAAAUAAUAAGCACCUUUGUCAAUGCUGGAAGGAACGUAAAAAACUAAUACUUAAAUCUUCUCCCGUACUGCUUUUUUAAAAUCAGAAGGAUAGUAUUAACACACAGACUACACCAAUUAGAAAUACUUAUGUCCAGGAAAUCUAUUGUCCGUGUGUCUGGCUGUUUCUAAUUUGUUUAUCAAAUGGUUUCCUGUAUAUGUUCUUUAUGUGAAGUUCUCUUCUGUGUUUUUUUUAGGCACAAUUUCAAACCCUGGGCCCCGGAAGUGCAUGCCCAAGCUGGUGUACGUGCGACUUUCUCUCUACCUACCUGAGAUUGUGUGGGCAGUCUUGGGAGCGAUCUGGGUGUCAGACAAUGGUGUACGAUGUGACAAAGCGCUUGUACACGUUGUGCUCAUUACAGUUAUCGCCAGGUAUCUUAAUUCGCAUAAUACCCAUGUUAACAUGUUUUGUUUUUUAAUUGUGCAAAGGUGUGUGUGCGCGUGUGUAGAAAUAGAAUAUAUAAAAUAUAUAUAAAUAUUCAGAGAAAGAAGCGUGAACCAGAUAGUAUGGGAAAUAUGCCAGUCAAUGAAUCACAGCAAAGUUAAAGGUACACUUUAAUGGUGAACAUUAAAGGACCACUAUAGUCACAUACUCGUUUUCCUGGCACUAUAGUCCCCUGAGGGUGCCCCCACCCUCAGGGUCCCACUCCCGUGGCACUGAAGGGGGAGGAAGGGGUUAAUCCCUUACCUUUUUUCCAGCACCGGGCUCCCUCUGCGCUGGGACUCUCCUCCCUCUUCUUCUGUCAUUGGCUGAAUGCGCGUGCGCUGGAAGAGCCGCGCGCGCAUUCAGCCAGUCUCAUAGGAGAGCAUUCUCAAUGCUUUCCUAUGGACGCUGGCGUCUUCUCACUGUGAAAAUCACAGUGAGAAGCACGGAAGCGCCUCUAGCGGCUGUCAGUGAGACAGCCGCUAGAGGCUGGAUUAACCCAUAGGUAAACAUAGCAGUUUCUCUGAAACUGCUAUGUUUACUGCAAAAAGGGUUAAACCUAGCUAGACCAGGCACCCAGACCACUUCAUUAAGCUGAAGUGGUCUGGGUGCCUAUAGUGGUCCUUUAAUAUAUAUAUUUUUUCAUGUUGGCAUGUUAUUGUGUUGUUUACUGACUUUUUUUUCCCCCUGGUGAAGUCAUCAGUUAUAUUGACAUCUGUCUCUCUCCAAUCCAAUGCUUCUAAUAAAGAAGUACUAUGGAGAGAAGCUGGCAUGUAAGUUCCAGUACUCUGCCAUAGAAAAAUGCUGUGCGUGAUGACACCUAACGUGAAGACAUUUUAUCUUGGAAGGUCUAUAUGAAUAGGUCCAACCUUAACUAAUAAAACAAAAACUUGUUUUAACCAAAAGAAGUGCUGUAAAUUUAGUUGGUAAUUCAUUGAGACUUGAUAAUCAGGGUUAUCCUUUUUUUGAGUAUCACGUACCCUCCUCUUUUCUUGGCUUCAACAUAGUAUGUAUGUCUGAUUGCCUUUUUUUUUCUAUUUAAUCUAUCAAUGUCAAGUUUCUCUUGGAUUUUUCGGUAUAUGGUUUGUAAGUGGUAAUUUCCAAGGUAGCCCAAACUUCUGCAAUUGCUCUACAGAUAGCUAGGGAGAGCUUGGCUGCAAAUUUGUCUUUGUUGCCGGUGAAACAGUCAACUGGUCUUGACAGUACCCAUUGGUACAACGGGUAAGGUCUGUUUAGGAGUCUCCACUUAGGGGUGUACUCACUUUUGUUGCCAAUGGUUUAGACAUUAAUGGCUGUGUGUUGAGUUAUUGUGAGGGGACAGCAAAUUUACACUGUUAUACAUGCUGUACACUUACUACUUUACAUUGUAGCAGAGUGUCAUUUCUUUAGUACUGUCACAUGAAAAGAUAUAAUAAAAUAUUUACAAAAAUGUGAGGGGUGUUCUCACUUUUGUGAGAUACUGUAUGCCUGAGAUCUGUUCCUUCCUGGACAGUAAACUGAUACAGGCUUGUUCGAAGGGGGUCAAUGUGGAUGAUGCCACCUGUCGGAUGGUCAGGGAGGAGGUAAAGCUUUUUAGUUGGAUGAAGCGUAAAUAAUCUAAUGUUAAGCUGUUAGCUUGGCAGGUCCAAGUAUUCAGUACGUUUUCCGCCCGGGUAUAAGUGGCCUAUACAGGUGAUAUCUUUGUUCUCAUAUUGUGCAAACUAUUUUUGGGUUUAUUUAAAAUAUUACAAGGAAUGGGGAGAGCAUGGAAGGUGAAUAGAAACUUGGGGAGCAGCAGCAUCUUCUCCAAGAUGACUCUGCCUAUCCAAGAAAUACCAAGUGGUAUCCAAUGAAUUACGUUUUUGUGCACCAUCUUACGAAAAAGGGGCAUAUAAUUUGCAGAAUAAAGGGCAGAGGUGUCAUUUGUAAGCUGGAUCCCUAAAUGGGUAGUUUCUGAUGUGCAUUUCCAAAAGAUGAAUCUAGAUCGUAAGUUCUCCAGAUCACUCCUUAGAAUAUUGAGUGAGAUCAGGUCAGGUUUGGAGGCGUUUAGUUGGUAGCCAGAUAUCUGGGAAUAAUUACUACUGAGGCCAAAAAAUGCCAUCUUUGAUGCUUCAGGCGCUGUGACAUUUAGAAGGAUAUGGAAUGCAUAUGCAGACGCCUUAACUUCUUCGCCUCUUAUUACAAUACCCUUCACCUCUCAGUUAAGCCUGAUUGCCUGCAAUAGAUGUUCUAGUGAGAGGGCAAAUAGGGGAGAGAGUGGGCAGUCUUGGCGUGUGCCGCUGAGUAUGGGGAAAGAGGGAGAGGGAAUGUUCAAUGUUAGCGGGUAGUCCAUUGGUGACUGAUACGUCGCCCUAAGGAAGUUCUUACAUUCAUUCAGGAAGCCAAUCUAUUCUAAGUCUUCAAAAAAAUAUGGCUAUCAAACUCCUUCUUGGCGUGGAGGGAAACCACGGCCACUGGCAAGUGCCGUCAAUUGGCGUACCAUAUCAGGUCAAUGUUUUUUUGGGUGUAAUCAGACGCCUGUCUGUUUGAGAUAAAUCCCACCUGGUAAUGGAGUAUUAGUCAUCCAUGUAGAGUUUUAGCAAAAAAAAAAAAGAAGAAAGAAAGAAAAACGAAGGAGAAAAAAAGAAAAAUUAGGUCGCACCACAAUUAACUAAACAUAAUAUAGACUGCAAAAAAAAAGUACUUACAUAUAUUAAACAAAGCAAGGAAAUAUAUAUUAUAAAUGUCCAAAUAGAGAAUGGAUAGGAGGAGGACCAGGCAGUCUUGCCGGUACUUGAGUUUGGUGUGAAUCUAAAUGGAUUCUUAGAUAUUAACUAGUUUUUUGGGGGGAGAUUGGUUAUAGUACCUACUGGAGUCUUAGGAUGUCUUUUUGGGUUCUACAGUAGUUUUAAGUCUUCUGGAGAGCAUUGAGUUCCCUUUGUGGGAUAUAAUUAUAAAUAACUAUUGGCAUUAAAACCAAUUGUCUUCUAUAGCUGCAAUGUGGCCAGCAAUGAUAACCAGCAUAUUGUUAGCCCCUGAAAAAUGUUAGUUUCCAUAGGGAAGUCUUUAUGUAAUGCAUUUGAUGCCACAUCUGAUUGUUGCAUUGGUUUUGUCUGAAGACGAAAGGGAGACUGUCAUCACUGAAAGUCUCGUUCAAGAGCAAAACAAAAAGUAAACUUUGUUUUUGGUGCAUUUGUGGGUGCCCGUUGUUAUAGUACCUCACAUACCUGUCCCAUACCUCUCUCCUCCAGCUCUGCUUCACUAUCACCUUAUUUGCUUGCUGUCUCCUGUCCUAUUGUGUUUUUUACCCCACCUCCUAUAGAAUGUAAGCUCAUUUGAGCAGGGUCCUCUUCAACCUAUCGUUCCUGUAAGUCUUUUGUAAAUGUCCUAUUUAUAGUCAAAUCCCCUCUAAUAUAAAAUUGUAAAGCGCUACUGUAACCGCGGCUGGAUCCCUUAUUUACCACUAUAACAUCUUAAAGCAUAGAACUUAGCAGGGCUAACCAUACAGAUAUCUUAGCCAUAAUUUUAUAUAGUUGGUAAGAGAUCCUCUAUUUAACAUAUAUAAAGAAUUGAGAAUACAAUAUAAAAUAAGGAUUGUCUUGGAAGCAAUACAAUUUUGUCUUUUUACAUAUUUAUUACAUAAAAAUAUAGACAUAUAAAAUCCAUUUCAAUAAUUUAUAGCAGAGUUUAUAAGAUUAAACUAAAUGCUUGCAAAUAUCAUUAAUAUAUUAACAUACCCUCCUGAGCAUGUCAUCAUGUCAGCCUCUCUGUCAUUUUAAGAUGGAGCAGCGUCUGUCUCCAAAUCUCUCCUCUGUGUCUUAACAUUUAAAAGUACACCUAUUUAUACCUUAGGUGUCUUCAUUUUAGGGUCAGAGUAGUUCAUAUAUAUAUAAAAGUAACUUCUUUUACUUUCAUUCAAUUUUAGGACCUCCCUUAACUUGGCAAAAAUACAAGUCCAUAACUAAAGGUUGUAUACGUCAUGGAGAUUUUCCUGACUUAGUUCAAGAUGACGCGGUGUAAGUGACAAGGACCUACACCUAUAAGUGGAGCGCUCAAACACAGAUAAAUCUUACCAAAACGUAGUCUCAUUCAAUGGUAAAAUAUGGGGUACAUGUCAAAAUAAAAUACAGAAAAUACAAUAUAGUGUAGACGGUACUAAAAAAUGGCUUCACAGUGAUUAUAAUAAUAUCGUGAUGAAUAUUACACUCACAUUUCAAGGAGCCUGUAUAUAGAAAACACUGGCUCCGUAUAAAGGCUUGACUGAAGAAGCUCUAUUUGAGAGUGAAACGCGUAUUGGCCAUUUUUAAACGACUUUUAUUUGAAGACUUUUAUCAUCUUUGUUUUUAUGUUUAUUUUAAACUAAUAAAUUCACCAUUUUCAUUCAAUACCUCAUCCAAGUUCUUUUUGGAGCCUCAAAGGAAUCCUCACAGGGGUAGUGCCAUCCCCAUUCAAAUUGGCACAAAAUCCACAUACCUAGAGCCGGGAUUCGUAGGCUCAGGACCAGGUGAGCACCCCAUUUAUUGAACACAUAUCUGUGUCAUUUAUCACCAUAAGUCUACACAUUGGUUUGCUUUCUUCUCUUUUUUUCGUGUUCCCGAGAAAUUCUUCAAGCCGAAGUAGGAGGGUGGUUCUACCAUAACAGCACACAAGCCUUUAUACGGAGCCAGUGUUUUCUAUAUACAGGCUCCUUGAAAUGUGAGUGUAAUAUUCAACACGAUAUUAUUAUAAUCACUGUGAAGCCAUUUUUUAGUACCGUCUACACUAUAUUGUAUUUUCUGUAUUUUAUUUUGACAUGUACCCCAUAUUUUACCAUUGAAUGAGACUACGUUUUGGUAAGAUUUAUCUGUGUUUGAGCGCUCCACUUAUAGGUGUAGGUCCUUGUCACUUACACCGCACCAAUAUCUACUAAAUUUAUUCAGUGGAAUAGAGGAUAUUUCCACACUAGUGUAUUGAGCUGCCUGUAAAUCACUUUUUGACUCUUUUGAGCACUUUUGUUAUACACACUCCUCUGUAAAAAGAGGCAACCUUUGAUUGGUAUUCAUUGUUCAAGAUGGCAUCUUAAAGUCUGAACAUCUUAUCUAUUUAGGGUUACCACAGUAUAUUAUGUACUGAAAGAGUCGUAGCAUAGCCUUGAAGCUUGUUUAUGCAUUAUUGUUAUUGUAAUUCGUCUGGGACAAAAUGGCUUAAACAUAAUAUGCACUGAAGGUAAGUAAGAAGUUAUUGCUUAAAGAAACAGUUAUGAAAAACAAUAUGUUCCAUUUCUAACACCUUUGUCAGUUUGCAGUAUAUCUUAAAGACAAAGUACACAGUUUGAGGAAUACAAUAUUUGCAUUUUAAAACGUGUAAUAUUUGCAUUUGCCCAUAACACUACGGAAUAUGUUGGUGCUAUAUAAAUGGCAAUAAUAAUAAUAAUUAUAGUAAAGGUACACUCUAAACAUGUAAACCAAAUGUUGUUUUUUUAAUGCUGGAGUGUUCCUUUAAUUUAAGAUCACCUUAUGCAGGUAGCAAUACCUUUUUUUUUUUUUUUUUUUCCUUUCUUCUCUCAUCCUUCUGAGUGAUCUCCAUUGUCUUUCAUAUGAGCAGUUAGUAGCAGAGGAAACAUUGUUGCUGAUAAUAUAGCUAGUGCGUUAUCUUGGCCUGGAGUGCAGUUAUCAUUUUGCCAUGUGUUUCUGCAUCACAAAUGCCAUUUAUUUCAAUUCUCCCUACCUCUCUGUUUUGCAGUUGGGUUAUCAUAUUCUUUACCACCAUAGCCGUUUUUCUUGUUUUUGAUCCACUGGGUCGCAAGAAGGCUUUAUAUUAUGCAGACAACGAAUGCCACGACUUGGAGAGCAGCCAGUCCCAGCAACUACUCUACAACGUCAAGAAAACAGCAAACAGAGUGUGGGAGAACCGCAUUCGACUGCUCUGCUGUUGUGUAGGGAAUGACAAUGAUAACAGAGUGGCUUUCUCCAGCAUUGCUGAGCUGUUUAGCACCUAUUUCUCCGUAAGUAUCAUAACAAAACUUGCUUUUUCUUGAAUGAAAAAUGAGUGCAUAUUUUUCAACCCUAUCAACAGGGUCCAAUGAAAGGCCACGAUCUGAGAUACAGUAUAUCCAAUGUUUAUGGACCUCAGUGAAAAUUACUUGCCCACUAGUUGACUCACCUCUGGUAAAGUGUGGAUAGAAUGAUUUUAUGAUUUAUUUAUUUCUUGUUUUGAAGAAAGAGAGAAUUUAUAUUGGGGCGUGUUUUUCAUAGACCAUAACUGCAGAUUAUAAUUUUAAAACUAAAUUUCUUUAAAGGGACACUCCUGCCCCUAAAAUUCUUUGUGUGAAGAGUUAGUCCUCAUUUUUCCAUUGUAGAAAAAGUGUAGAUCUCAACAGAAAUUGCCACUUUUAUAAAUUAACCUUGUUAUCAGAAAAUCAGUCCUGUUACUUCCUGAUUUGGUUAGCUCAGUGGAGCUAAACUUCAGAGGCAGAAAUUGCUCAGAGCACCUGCCUUGCAAAGAUGUCUCAUUGAGCUGCAUUGGGAAGUCUGUAAUUGGACAGCCACAGAAAGUCUGGGUGGAGUUAGAAGGGGAGGGCUUCCAAAGGCUUCUGGCAAGUGUAAUGCAGCUUUCGCAAGCUGUUUUUAGGUAAACCCACAAUUAAAAAAAUGUAUUACAUUUAAUUGGGCAGUGGAGUGUCCCUUUAAGAACAGGAAAAAAAAUAUUUUGAAGUUACAAGCAUUCUCUAGUUUUUCAGUUGCAAUCUACUUUGUCCCACAACUGAACCCUUUCUAAAAGCAAACACGUAAUAUACUCGGCAACAGAGUCUUGAAAUGAAAGCAGGAUGCAGGGUGAACAGCAUUUCUUAGGUGAUAUAAACUUGGGUGCUCAAAAAAAGCCAUUAGCUGUAUUCAUUAAACACUGAAUUGUAGUAAAUUGACAGCUAAAUUGCAAAAAUUGGCCUAAAUUAGCUGAUUUGGCAAAAUUCUCAACCUCAGCAAGUAUAAAAUACAUGACGUUUUCUCCGAAUCUAAAGCGUUACCUAAAAGUCUAAUUUUUCAAGUUUUUUUCCUGGACUGAUAACUUAUUUUGUUACAGGUACUGUGGCAACAUUAUACCAUGUAUUUUGUGAAAUGCAUAUGUGCAAAACACACAGUGGGCAAAAUUGUCAUGUGUUUCUUUAAAAGCUGAAGGUUAAAGGCUGGACUUUCUGCAUCUUUGUGGCCGAAGUUAACCAGACAGUAGAUAAUCGGUGUAUUUCAUAAGUUACUAUUAUGGAAUUGUUACGCAUGAGUUGAUGAUAUACACCUGAUAGAUGCACUGGCAGAAACAAUGUAUAGAACAAAACUUAAAGAGGCUUUGCAGUUAUCAGUUUCUUUUGUCGGGGACAUCAGUGUACCUUUAUGUAUUUUAUAGGAAUAUAAAUCGCAAUUAAGGUAGAAACAAAAACACUAGCUAUUAUCAUAUUUACGUGUUGCAUUAUUUUAGUAUCUUGAAUUCUGUACACCAUAUUGUAUGUUUCGUAGGUGUAGCUUAAGAUUUCACUUGGUCAAUGUGAUGGCUAAAGUUAUUUUUGACUUCUUUGGUUUAAAUGUUUUUCUCUGUUAAGAUGUGUUCUAACUCCUCUCUCAGGACACAGACUUGGUUCCCAGUGAUAUCGCAGCUGGGCUCACACUCCUUCACCAAGAACAGGACAAGGUGGAACAAAGCAGGGAUCCUGAUGAAGUACUGUGCAGCCCACCACAAAAUUUAGGGGUAAGGACAUCAAUCACUGCUGGUGAUCUUUACCUCUACACCAGUGUCUAUUCUUCUCAGGUCAUCCACAGCGUGUGAGAAGGUUGGUCAUGGAGGUGAAGAGCAAAUAGUGGCUUUGAUGGAAGGUUGAUAGUUGAGAAAUAAAAUUAGCAAUAUAUAGAGGUCAAGAAGUCAACAUGACCUUGUCAGGCUCCGCUUAGCUGUUGCAGGGUAAAGAUGAACAAAUUUGGUUUAAGGAACUUUGAGGAGUUCAUAUAGAUGAGCAAAUCUGAUUGACGUUUGGGUGGUUAGAUUAACACUUGUGUUUCAUGGUUUGUGUUGUGGGUGAUGAUAAAUUAAAGUAGCUGGGGAUGUAAAUAUAAACAGCUCAGAUUGAUUUUUGGAGAGGUGGGCUUACAUAUGGGCAGUUCUGACUGAAAGUCAUUGGUGAAGGUGGGGAGGUAUGUGAGCAGCUCUGACUGGCCAGUGGCGGAGAUGGGGAGGGUAAGGUGAACAGUUCUGUCCUGGAGUUUGGGUGAAAGCACUGGUGGACCCAGGGAGAACACCAGGGCACCUUCCUCUCCACUAGCAUUGGCAGGGAAAAAUAAGAGGACAGACACUUAUUAUCUAUAACCUGUCCCUGUUGCUGUUGACUGUAUUCUCCGUUUUGCUCUGUUUUUUUUGUAAGCUGUCUCCUGUUUGAGGUGGGAUGGGGUUAAAGGAACACCUCAAGAACCAUAACCAGUACAAUAUGCUGUAAUGGUUGUAGUGCCAGGAGUGCCCUUGUGCUUUCCCCGAGUACCCAAAUUGUCCCCUGCUGCUGGACGGUCUUACUAAGAGCUUCCAAUAGCUCCACUGAGCCAAGUCGUGUUGUGCAGGACACUCAUGGCACCCCAGCAGCUGGUUGUAGUGGUUAUAGUGCUUUGGUUGUUCCUUUAAUUGGUAUGGGGUUAUAUUUUACAGAUGGGAAGAGUUAUAUUGGUAGGGAAAUCUAAUUUAUUGAGGGAAGGGGUUGAUUGGUAGGAAAAUAUGAGGAACUAGUUCAUUUGCUAGGGGAAUCAAAGUUUUGAAGGGAGCUAUUACUUUCUGGGCAAUGCAAAGGCAAUGGGGAUCUAGUGUGGAAGAGAGGGGUUAAUUAUAGGGCAAUGCCAGGGUCUAGUUUAGGGCAACAGCAGGGUGCGGAGUACUUUUCCGCUUAUUCCUGUUUUUGAGAGGAUCUAAAGCAUAAGCUGGAAAUCCUGGCCCUUGUAAGUAAUGCAGUGACUUAAGUGGUGUACCUGGACCGGGCUAUGAUUUCUGAACACUACAUUAUCGCUUAAAAAAAAAAAAAAAAUUAUCUACUUGUUCUCCGGACAGUAAUAACGGUCUUUGAAAAGGAAUACAAACUGCAUUUCAUAUUCACACUGGAAACAAUACGGCUAAGGACAGAGACCGAUAAAAUAGCCUGAAAUGUUUUGGACUUAGAAAAUCCUAUGCAAGCCUAUGCAUAAGGACUGAUCGAAUUGCAGAGAGAGUGAGUGUAUGUGUGCGCCAUUGUAUAUGGAAAAUCACUCAACCUGGUAAUAUGAAUAAUAACAUAUUGUGUAAGUGGCUGUGGUUGGAUUGCUCGUUCCUGUUGCUGAGCUCCAUGACUCCUCUGCUCAGCUGCCUUCAUGUUCUCCUUUCCCCCUCUUUGCAUAUUGAGAUUUGCUGAUGUACAAAGUUUGUCUAGUGACAAAAAGGGGCUUUGCGAAUACACAAAGUGACAAUGAUUGGGGAGGCACGUAUGUUUACAUGUUAUAUUUUUUUUAAUUUUAUAAUCAUCCAACAUUUACUUGGAGCACAGCAAUAGGUUCAAUGUUCUAUAAAGCAUACUGAGAAGUUGCAUUAAUCUAUUGCCUCUAGUGCAAUUUUCUAGCUAGUAGGUAGUCAAAGAAGUAGCAAACUUGCAGUAAUAGUUUUACAUAGAAACAUAGACUGUGACGGCAGAUAAGAACCAUUCGGCCCAUCUAGUCUGCCCAAUACUGUGUUUUUAAAUAAUAAUAAAAUGUCUCUUCACAGCUACAUGUGCAAUCAAAGGGGAUAUAUAACCCCCCAAACAAUAACAUGGCAUGGUUAUAUAGUUGAUGGAUGACAAUGGAAAUGUGAAAAAAAGAUUAAGGAUGUAGAUGGGAGAAAAGUGAAAUAAACAAAGUAGGAAAGAAGAGGGGGGGAGGAGAGGUGGGUCAGGGACCGGGGUGAUACAGGGGACCAGUGCUUCCAAAACUAGUUGGUUUCAGGCUGUGCCUGUAGAAGAAGGCAGCUAUACCCAUCAGACAUGUUAGUUAUGUUAUGGUAAAUAGUUUGGGGUAGGCACUCCAACGCAAAUUCCACAGUUGGUUCUGGUAUCUGAAGGUGGGAUCAUGCUCAGCUGAAUCCACAGUAAUAAGCAAACAAAACGGAACGGUCCUGAGCACUCCGCAAUAAAUUUGGGUGGUUUAUUCAGCCAUCAAAGUGAAUGGACAACGUUUUGACACGUAUGUCUUUCUCAAACCAUGACUCGCUCAGGUCCUUUAUUUUGUAUUCCUUUAUGGUGAAACAUAGAAGCCCUACUAUUACUAUUCUUGAAGAGACAUGGCAGAGUACAGAUUAUUCUUCACAGUGUGACAUUGUAGUAGUGUACAAUGCCCUAGCAGUCUUACAGUGUAGAACAAACAGGUUAUAUUUUGUUGUUUCACCAUAGAAGACUCAUACUUUUUUAGUUGCUGUGAUCUCACCUGGUGUUUUAUUGUUUCAGGCAGAGGAACUGGAAAUGGAGUUGGAGAAGGCAGCCCAUUACAUGCAGUUUGCAGCAGCUGCCUAUGGUUGGCCUCUUUACAUAUUCAGCAACCCCCUCUCUGGGCUGUGUAAACUCUGUGGAGAGUGGUGAGUAACCACCUGUCCAUGUUCUGUUAUUUUACGAAACUGCUCUACUGUGAGAUGUACUGCCUCAACUGCCUGGAGCUACAUGUUCCAAAUCCACUGCUCUAAUUCAUGUUGGCGAAUCAAUUUGCAUUUAUUAUAUGAUUCUAUGUGACAUGUCAUGUUAAAGCUCAGCUGGACAAUUACUGUAUUCACAGAAAAGCACUUUGUCAGGUUAAAGCGCUUCAUUAAAAUAACCAUUUGGGUCGGCACAUUCCUUAAGCAAAGGUUUGGGCCUGUAACAUUUUCUUAACUCAUUCUAAUUCACAGGGUGUAUUCACUAAAGUGAGAAUUCAAAAUUAAUAUCAAACCUUAGGCCAAAGUAGAGGAACUGGGAAAAAUCCUCUAAGUCAUCUAUGCUUUCAUUUUGGCUACUUUGGACUUAAAUUUGAUAUUCACCUUGAAUUCUCUCUUUAGUAAAUAUCCCUGUUCUUAGCAAGAGACAAAUUGUUUAGAAAACGACUACAGCAGGAUUUUUGUUGAUCGAAUAUGCACAAACAUGAUUAUUUACUAAACUUGACAUUUUAGUUAAUUGAAACUUGAAUGGCAAGAUUUAGGCUAUGUAGGUAAUCUGGAUAAAUUCUCAAAAUCCACUAUAGUCAUAUGGUGGAUAUUUUGAUGAUUGCACCCCAGGCUGACAGCCCCACUGAGAACAGCACAUUUGCAGAGUGAUGUUAAAACACUGAACUAGUGCUCUUUGAAUAGUGUGAACACUUUAAAUGACACACGUGUGCUGUGCUUUAUGGGGAAUCUGGUCUCCCACAACCCAGAAGCGCAGAAUAGAUGCGAGGUACGUUAUUUUUUAUUUAUUUUUAAAAAUUAUUUAUUUUUCGUGUGGAGAGUUACAAACUGGUCUGCAUCGCCACGACAGCAAAACAAACCGACAAAACAGUUAUACAUUGUCAUGGCAUAUUAGAGAAAUGCACAUUUUAUUAUAUAGUAGUCAUGCUUAGACCUUAGAUUUAUGUAGCAGCCCUGCACAUUGUUAGUAGUAACUGAUAGCAAGAAGAACUGUAUGCAGGGAAUGAAUGCAUGUUCAGGCUAGUGAUUAGAGAAUAGGAAAUUCGGUAAGGUUCAAAAGAAUACAAACGGUAACUAAGUGCUUAAUAAACCAUCUCUUAUCUAGCUACAAUGGGUUUUACUAGCAUCACUGUAGCAGACCGGAUAGUGGCAUGGUUUAUCUUCCCCCUGUGUAUAGGUAGCAUGUCUAACUUAUUGGGGAAACCUAGGCAUGAUGAGUGGGCGGGUGAUUAGGCUACAUAAGUGUUAUGAUUCUAUCUGUCUGUGGGUAGGGAGUCAUCUGUUAUUUUACCGGGUUAACCACGGACACUGGCGUCCUGUGUGGGCUGCAGUAAUUGGUAUGUGGCUGUGGGGGCGUAGGGGACAGAGCCUACGUGAGCUGGGCAUCAACCUGGGCAAUAAUAAUUAGCAAAUGGUAAGACAAGGGCAAACAACAGUCCGGUACUCAGUUGUGGGGCAUAGCAUGUCCCCUCGUCCGUCACAACCUGAUUCUCUGGUCUGCGGGUCCGGAGAGCGUCCAUAGGAGUGGUAAGGGUGGUUGGCAGUAGUAGAUGGUUCGGCAACAGUUAAGAAGGGCCAGUCUCGGAGGACCAGAGAGUCAGCCAAUGCCUCUAAUGGGCCACUUCAUGCAGUCUCUAACCAGGUCGGCUAUGAGAUAGGCGCAGUGGAUUGGGCUUCUGAGGGCUCCAGGUCCUGCUGCUGAGUGGAGGUGAGGCGAGGAAACUCCCUGGCCCCGGGCCCUUGCUGAGGUCUGCAUCUCUGAGCCGCUGGCUGGGGACAGGGGACGGGAAAUCGGCCGUUUCUCCCGCCCGGAGCCCUCACUAGGAAGCAACCGCUCUGCAAAGUUUUUGGCGGCCGGCAUACAGGUUUUCCGGUCCGGAACACUCCAGCCGUUGUCUGUGACAGUUAAGUCCCUUUUUAGGGUCAGAUUGUGAGCGGCAGGAGUCUCGAUACGACGCUUGGGCAUGUAGUUUGCUAGGGAGCUCCUGCAAGUUGCGACCGUCCGCCAUGGUGGUCAGGCCCCGCCCCGGGAGGUACGUUAUUUUUACCUCCGUAUUCUCAUGUGAAUUUUAAUUUGCUACAUUUCUGAAUUCAGUGAAUAACUUUAUGUUUCUAUUUUGUUUCCUUGUCCUUUUUCUUACACAGUUGCACACACAGGACAGCACAGUAUGAUCUUGUUGGGGGUGAUCAUUUGAACUUCCAUUUUGCGUCCAUCUUGAAAACCACAGGACUCCAGUACCGGGAUUUUAUCCAUAUCAGUUUUCACAAUCGGGUAAGACUACCAGACUCUGCCAACACAUUACACAGCACUGGGAUUAAUUGUACUCAUUUUACAGCUCACUGUCACUGCUUCUUUUACUCUUAGAUUUAUGAAAUCCCCUUUUUUGUGGCUCUUGACCAUAAAACUGAAGCCAUCCUAGUGUCUGUAAGAGGAACAUUGUCUCUUGAGGUACGUAAUUAAACGGGACAAAUGUCAGUCAUGAUGCUGUUCGUUUGUCCCUGUCUAAUAAUGAACGUUUUAUUUCUCCUGACAUUAUUGAUGUGUUCAGAGUUUUUGAUGCCUUAGGCCCAGUGCAGCUCGUGUGUCCAUUUCCGUUCAUUCAUACAAACAUUAAACAACCUUCUCUGUAAACUCUCAUGCUUGAGCUGCAGGUGGGAAUAUUAUGAGAUGGAAUCUGAGUGUUUCAAUGCAAGUCUCCACCCGGAAUGUGUUAACAUUGGACUGCAGUUUAUCUGGCUCACAUGCUGGGAGGCAGGGGUUAAUCUGAGAGGUCACAAGUGGCAAGAUGACUGGCUGCAGAGGUCAGUAGGUAAAUAAAAGCAAUGUGAGCAGGUUGCCUUGGGGCCUUGAUAGAUACCCUUGCAAGCUUAGCAAUCUAUUACAGCUGUGUCUACAGGAGCAGUCUGAGCACCAAAACCACAUCUUAAUGUAGUGGUUUUGGUGCAUAGAAUGUUGCCUUUUUUGUCUGAUAAUAUAAACAUUGGUGUUUAUUAGAAACAGAGGACCACUGUGGCACAUCUUUAAAAAAAUUUAAGGAAUCUAUGUUCAUUAUGCGCAACAUGUGUACCUGCUGAAUGUGACUAAUGCUUCUCUCUAGAGGUGCAUUGGAUUGGUGGAUUACUACACAUUGGUCAUGUUGUCCAAUUAGAUGCUCCUCAGAGAGAAACACUGAGGGCAUCUUUAUUAUGGUGGAUGAUUUCAAGUGGGAUAGGGCUGCAUAGUCCCAGCAUUAGUUAUAAAUUGUCAUAAAUUGAGUUACCUUUAUUCUAUUUAAAGGGAUCGUAUAGUGCCAGGAAUACUAAGCUGUAUUACUGGCACUAUCGCUCCCCCAGCAUCCCCCCUUAUCGCGCCUGCUCCCAAUUUAAGAUUACCGAGUUCUUUUAAGGAGGCAGGAAACAUAACUAAAGGCAGGCACUAAAUCUAUGUAAGGGAGAAUGCACUUUUGGGAAUAGGAGCAUGCAACUCCCAAGUAAGAUCAGCUGCAUUUUAAAAAACAAAAUGUAAAGUAUGUAUUCUUGGGUCCUCUACCAGAGGCCUGGGUGUCUGAGGGUUCUGCGCAGUAUCUUAGCUGUUCCUAGAAUUGCACUCUUCUGAUCUCCGAUGUCCCAUCUCCCUUAAUAUGGGAGUCACAGCACCGACUUCUCCUAUCACAACUGAAACUACAACUGCCUUUACUUUCCAUAUCCUUUCUAGCUCCUCUUUCAGUCCUUUGUUUUCCUUCUCAUGUUCCUUCUUCCUGAUGUUGUAGUCUUUGGGUAUUGCUUCAUCCACCACUACUAUAGUCCGUUGUUCCUUGUCUACCACCACAAUGUCAGGUUGGUUGGCCAGCACUUUCUUGUCUGUAUGGAUCUGAAAGUCCCACAGGAUCUUAACCCUGUCAUUCUCAACUGCCCUUUGUGGUAAGUCCCAUCUGGGUAUAGGCAGGUCCAAUCCAUAUUCUGUGCAGAUGUUUCAGUACACAAUCCCAGCAACAUGAUUGUGCUUCUCAGUGUAUGCUGUCCCUGCUAACAUCUUGCAACUGGUUACUAUGUGCUGAUGUGUCUCAGUGGCCUCUUACACAAUCUGCACCUUGGGUCUUGUCUGGUGUGGUAGACCCCCUGCUUCUAUUGAUACACAUACACACACACUCAAAAUGUGGACUCAAUGUGUAUAUGUAUAAGUACAUAAUGAUACUAAAGGAAGAUCAGCUGUUUCAAAAAUAAUUAUUUUUCUGUGCGUAUGCAUAUUAACUGUAGUAAAUACUUUUAUCUGCAGGAUGUUCUGACUGACCUCUCUGCAGAAUGUGAGGAUCUUCACAUUGAUGGGGUGCAGGGAGAUUGCUAUUCUCACAAGGUCAGUCAUAGUCCUGACUUUAUUCUGUAAUGUGUUUAUUUUAUCUCCAUAUUGAUACAUUGGCGUCAUAAAGAUGUUGUGAUGGUUGUGAAGAUUUUUGGUUCAGACAGGAGACUCAAAGGAAAUCUUCAAAGGUUUUUUAAAGGACACUCUAAAACUCUAAUCACCACAAUUCGUAAAGCUCAUUCUGGUUGUUGUGAAGAGCCUUUGGGCUCCAACCUUGCAUGGCAGUGAUGGUUUGCAAGAGCAAGAUGCAACAUAUUCAGUGCUUUCCUCUUAUUACAAUCUAAGGUUGGUUGGAUAAUACUGAAGUUUCUUUCACAUUUUCUAAGCCAAAACAGAAGGUCUGAGAGCCUCAUAUUUUUGUGUAAUUGCAAAGAGAGCUCUCACCAAGAUAUAGAUAGAUUUUAUUAUUAAUUCAUUGUUUUCUGAAUUUCUAUCAAGUUCAUUGAAUAAACAAACCUAAAAUCAAUAAUCUGAUGACUACAAUCUAUAACCAAGCAAGAUUAGAGAAUAAUAAGAAAUAUGUAGUAAUAUUAAGUGAUGACUUAGAAACAAAACCCAAAGAAUCAUGCCACCAUAAUGAGAUGUAGUGGUCAUGGUGUUUAACUCACCUCUUGAAUAUAUUUAAGUGUACACAUUAAAAUACAUAGUUACAUAGCUGAAAAGAGACUUGCGUUCAUCAUGUUCAGCCUUUCUCACAUAUGUUUUUGUUGUUGAUCCAAAAGAAGGCAAAAAACCCAGUCUGAAGCGCUUCCAUAUUUGCAGCAAACUAUGAAAAUAUUCCUUCUUGACUGCAAAAUAGCAGUCAGAUGUCUCCUUGGAUCAAGCAGCUAUUACCCCACUAAUUAGAAUUUAUAUCCCUGUAUGUUAUGUUUUUGGAAGUAUUUAUCCAACUGCUAUUUAAAUAUCUGUAUGGACUCUGAUAAAACCACCUCUUCAGGCAGAUAAUUCCAUGUACUUAUAGUUCUUACUGUAAAAAAACCUUUUCUUUGCCUUAGAUUAAAUCUCCCUUCUUCCAGCCUAAAUGCAUUAACCUCAUGUCCUAUGUAUAGCCCUGUUUAUGAAUAGAUUUCCAGAUAAUGGUUUGUACUGGCCCCGAAUAUAUUUGUAUAAUGUUAUCAUAUCCCCUCGGAGGCGCCAUUUUUCAAAACGAAAGAGAUUUACAUUUUUUAACCUUUCUUCAUAACUAAAAUGCUCCAUUCCUUUUAUCAAUUUUGUAGCUUGUCUCUGCACUUUUUCUAGUGCCAUGACAUCUUUCUUUCGAACAGGAGCCCAGAAUUGCACAGCAUUUUCAAGGUGUGGUUUUACCAGCGAUUUAUAAAGAGGCAAAAUUAUAUUGUCUUCCUGAGAAUUUAUGCCCCUAUUUAUACAUGUCAAAACCUUACUGGCUUUAGCAACUGCAGAUUGACAUUGCAUAUUUCUGCUUAAUUUGUUGUCUAUAACAAUUCCCCAAACCUUCUUGUGUCUUGUUAUCCCUAAUUCACUACCAUUUAGGGUGUAAGUUGCUUGUGCAUUCUUGACCCCAAAGUGCAUAACUUUGCAUUUCUCUACAUUAAAUUUAAUCUGCCAUUUUAGUGCCCAAUCCCCCAAUCUAUCUAAAUCCCUCUGCAGCAAAGCAAUAUCCUGCUCACAUUUUAUUACUUUACAAAGUUUUGUGUCAUCUGCAAACACUAAAAUAUGCCUAUUUCAAGAUCAUAUAUAAAUAUGUCAAAAAUAGAUGUGGCUCCAUACACCACUUUUGUCCAGCUUGAAAAUGUACCAUUAUUGACAACUCGUUGUACUCUAUCCUUAAGCCAAUGUUAUACCCAAGAACAAGAAUAUUCAUCUAGACAAAUUAAUUUUAGUUUGAAGACCAAUUUAUUGUGUCUAACCGUAUAAAAUGCCUUGGCAAAAUUCACAUCCACCACAACACCCUGAUCUAUACUUCUACUUCUUCGUAGAAUGCAAUUAGGUUAGUGUAACGGACCGUUUUGCACACAAGAGGUUAAAAUCCGUUUAGGCGAUAUUCCCCUUUCUCAGCUGCACAGACAGCUACUGCAAGCACCAAUCUCCCGAACUGCAAACCCACAAAUUCACCAACUCCUGAACUGCAACCAAGGGAAUACUCGAACCUCCCGAACUGCAUACCAAGUAGCACUCCAAACUCCCGAACUGGAGACACACGAAUAGCUGUUAGCAGACGAACAGGAAAAGCCCCCAAGCGGCUUACACUCCUGGCAAUCAGUCUCUAACAGCACACAGCAAAUCCCCCCAAAGAUGAGACGACACUUCGUUUUGAGGGUUAAGCAGAAUCUGGUUUACUGGGGCUAACUGCCCGGCUUUUAUGCAGGUCUCCCACCUGGUGGACACUCCCCUAGGGGACCUUAUGGGAGACUGGGACACAAAGGGUACAAGAACCAAUCACAGACAUUUCAACAAUCCCACAAUGCAUCACAAUCCCUCCUCUCUGUCCUGGAGAUAAUUGGGAAGUAAUCCAAUUAUCUCCAAGGACAGAGGCAAAACUCCAUUACACACAUUUUCAGUAAAAGACAUAAAAUUACGCACAUUUAUUAUAUAAAACAUAGACAUUCUACAUAUCCCCAGAUAGCUUAGAUCUGAGCGCACAUUAUUACCGGAUGGCGCUCAGAUCACAUACAUAUAGUUCAAUCGCCAUGGAGCCAAAAUCUUUCACAUAGUCUUUCGUUACAUGAACAGGCUCCAUGGCUUAGCUAUCUGGGGUGAUGCUGUUCAUCCAGUUAAAUUACCGAAUGAACAGUCAUUCGGUUCCGCUACCGAAUGGGAAGGUAAGGAGGCUGGCGGCUCAGCGGUGUUCGCGCCAAUAAGUGUCCGUUUUCAGUUCCAUAGUUUGGGCACUGAACACCGCUGGCCGUUCGGGAGGUAAAGUGGCGGCUGCCACGUGUUCGGCAACCGAACAAAUGCCACCCAGCGUUCAUCAAUUAAGAUGCGGUUAACCGCAGCUUCUGGGCGGUCAAUUGACGGCACACUCCAGUUCCCAGGUGGUCCAUCGUUCGGUAGUUUGUUCGGUAGAUGGAAUCUACCGAACACCCUGGCAGAAAGGCACGAAUAAACCUUUCAGCAGGGAAAAUAACAGGUCUGAACUGCAGGGCCAUAGUCUAAAGGGAGCAGGCGAGCAACCAGGCUUCUCCAGUGCAUAGUGCCAGGUUGGUUCCGCCACAGUUAGUUUGACAUGACCUAUGUUUUAUAAAACCAUGCUGAUUAUUGCUAAUAACAAAGUUCUUCCCAACGAAUUCCUGAAUUUUCUCCCUUAAUAGCCCUUCAAAUAUUUUCCCAGUCACAGAAGUUAUGCUCACAGGUCUAUAAUUUCCAGGCAGGGAUUUAGAACCCUUUUUAAAUAUAAGAAACAACAUCUUCCUUCCUCCAAUCCUCCAGUAUCUGAAUACCUGAAACAGAAGAAUCUUAAUAGAUUAAAUACAGAGGUUCACUUAUUUCCCCACUUAGCUCCUUAAGUACUUGUGGGUGAAUACUGUCAGGCCCCGGAGUUUUAUUUACAUUAAUUUUCUCUAAUCAUCCAAUCACAAGUUAUCUGUCAGAUUUUUGCAACAAUCAUUUGCAUCUCUUGUCAUAGGAUCUUGCCAUAGGAUCCUCAUUAAUAUAUACUGAAGAAAAAUAGUUAUUUAAAAUUUUCCUGGUCUUCAUUAACUAACAGACCCAUCUCUGUUUCCAGUGUUCAAUUUUUGUUUCUUUAGAAUUGAUGUACUUGAAAACCUUUUUGGGGUUGGUUUUGCAUUCUUUGGCUAUCCAAGUCUCAUUUUCUAGUUUAGCCACUUUAAUUGCCUUUUUGCAAGCAUUAUUGGCUUCCUUAUAUCUUAUAUAGGAUCCCUCUGAUUUGUCCGAUUUAAAUGCCCCUUUCUUAUUUGUAAUCUCUUGUUUUACUUCUCUAUUAAGCCACAGUUUACUCAGAAUAAUUAUGAGCGACUAUCUUGCUUUUCUGGCACACUGAACGUAUCUUUUCUGUUUCCACUUCCCUGUCCAUUAUUAAGAUAUUCAAAUACUCUCUUAUGGUGGCAUUGCUAAAUUUUCAGCUAACCAUACACUCGUCUUCAGUGUAAUAUUUAAAUCUCUCUUUCACUUUUUCACUCAUUCACCCUGUUAUGUGUCCUCCCCCUCAACAAUAUUACUUGAAUCAACUUAUUGUUCACAAAAUACAAAAACCUUUAACACCCACGUCAUCACCUACCUCGUACUUGAUGCAAUAAAUAGUUGAUUAAAUUCUCUGGAUGUCACUAUAUCCUUAAUAUAACAGAAUCAUAAGUUUCAAAACCAUUUUUUUUUUUUUUUGAUUUUUGUGUGUGGUUAAAGGAACACUAUAGUAUUGGGAAUACAAAGCUAUAUUCCUAGCACUACAGUGUCCCUCUGCCCGAGCGUCACCAAUAACCGCAUUGUUUUACAUUGCAGGGUUAAGGGAGCAAGGACACUCCACUUAUAGUGUCCCUUUAAUUUGACCGUAUUCAUCCUUGUCCUUGUGUGAAUCUGGAACUAGCUGCAAAAUAUGUUAUGUAUGACUAGAAUGAAGUUCUCUUGUCUAAGCAGGCCCAAGGAAUGUGUUGCCCCGAGUGAUUGUGCAAACUCCAGUAUUCAUUGUUAGCAAUACAUUUUCAUCGUUAAAUGGCUUUUUUUUUUUUUUAAAUGUAAGAUGUAAUUCAGUGCCAUCUGCAUUUAACUCCUGGAAGCUUAAAGCUUUUCCACUUUAAAAAUGUAUUUUCUUUAUUUAUUUCAUGUGUUUAUUUAGGGUAUAACACAAGCUGCUCGUUACAUUUACGAAAGACUUAUCAAUGAUGGCAUUUUGAACCAGGCCUUCACCAUCGCUCCUGUAAGUAUUCUCUGGUAACAUUGUUAUAGUCACAUCACAACGCUAUAUCUCACAGUUUGUAAAGUUGUUUGCAAACUGCCUUAAUGCUUUCGUUUUGGAACAUCAAUGGAGAAAUCGGACGUCCACAUGUUUGUGAGGAACAUUUGCAAAGAUGCUCUGAGGCUGGCUGAGCUGAUCACAAAACCUUGUGUUAAUUGAUAUAUUUUAAUUACACGGCUAUAAUUAUUUGAAUGCAUAUUGUACCCAUUAUUCAUAUGAAAACAUAACAUGAUUAACUGGUUGCAAUGGCUGUUUGUGGCUAUUGAAAGAAAGAAAACAAUAGUGAACUGGUGUGCUAAUUAUACAGAAAUCACAGAAAACAUGGUAUGGGAGGGGGUUGCUGCUGUACACUAAACUUGUGCCAUGUAAAAUUACACCUUUUAAAAACAGAAGAAUACAGAGAAGAAUGAAAUGUUUUAUAAUAUCUUCAACAGAGUAUGGCUACGUGAAGUGUAGCUCCACAUAGACCAUACCAAUUCAUAGCAGCAAAGGUUGGCAGUGGAGUAAAUGUCCCUUACAUGAAAUGUCACAGGAAUUGACAUCAGGAAUGAUUAUACCUUCCAUAUAAAGCAAAACAGCAAAACAAAGGUAUACAGCAGAGGGCAGCAGGGAGUAUAAAACCAAUAAGUAGCCAGUUCAAGGAGAUAUUAAACAUAAACUCCUGUAUGUGGAAAUCGUCUUUCUUCCACGUGUUUGUAGUACUCCUUGCCAGAGCAGGCAUCUCUUGAGCCAACAGUGGUGAACUCGACAAAUUUGAAUUUCUGAGAAAGCAAUCCCUCAGUUUCGUACUGACACACUCAGCCAAUCAAUAAUCUCCAGAGUUAGUAGGAACUUUGGCUUUAGGGUAUCGCAUCAGACUUGAAGGACCAAGGAAGCCCCACAGUCAGGUAAGUGCCAAACCGUUUGUUAAUGCUUUGGCAGCUUACCAUAAGACGGCGUCAGGGGACUUCUGACACUAUAACCACUAAAGCAGUAGUAGUGUAUAUGGUAUUCAGACUAUCCCUUUAUUGUGACACUAUCAACCAAAAAAAUGUCCUAAUACUGGGACAAAAUGCUAACGUGAGUGGUAAGAGAAUCGUCUGUCAUACUAUUUUAAUCUGUUUACACUAUUGUAGUGGAUGUAUUUGUGCAUAGUUGGAUUGGUAGUGUCAUUUAGGAAAGACAAUCAUCUCAGGGCUCACCUGCUACUGCGAACACAUAGGACUGCACACACUAAGCAGAGGGAUAUUCCAGAGGUUCCUCACAGAUUCGGAUCGCUGCUGUCCAUAUACGUAGAGUUUAUAGGAGUGAAACCUGUCCGGCACCCAAAAGGGUAAAUCCAAAGGCACAUUAUUAUUGGAAACAGAGGCAAUGUUUCAGCUCAUAGUCAGAGCCAGUCAGUGGCUUGAGGAAGACUCUAACUGGGGGUCAAAAUGUCACCUGCUCUUGUCCUGAGGAGGUUUUUGAUACAGGUGCUAAGGGUGUUACGUUAGGCUGUGAUAUAUUUCUUAUAAUUGUUUAGUGAAGAGACAGUGUUCUCUGAUCACAGAAUGCAUUCAUUUCAUUGAUCCAGUGCCUCCCUGGUUUGUUCCAGCUGAAACUACCUUUUCAUAUAGCCUUGUUGUUAUGGGCAAAUGCAAAUAUUACAAGUUUUUGAAUGUAACCGCGACUGGUUCCCUUACUUACCACUAUAAUGUCUUAAAGCAUAGAACUUAGUAGGGCUAACCAUACAGAUAUCUUAGCCAUAAUUUUAUAUAGUUAGUGUAAGAGAUCCUCUAUUUACCAUAUAUAAAUAAUUGAGAAUACAAUAUAAAAUAAGGAUUGUCUUGGAAGCAAUAAAGUUUUGAAUAUUCUACUCUUGGUAUUCUGCUCCCUACUGCCCUCUGCUGUAUACUUUAAUUUUCUUUUGCUGCAUUGUGUUUGUAAAUCUGAAAUGAUUAUACUGAUUUACAUUUUGAAUGAGCAGCAGUGGCACCCAUGCACAAUGUCUGAAAUUUACAAUAACUUUGAAUGUGGACUAGAUUUUUGUUUCCCCCCCUGUCUGGAUAUCUGAAAACCAAAUAAUGGAAACAUUCGAGCGGACACUCAAAUCCAGUGAUAAUGAGACCGAAUUGGCAUUAUCUCAGCUAAUAGAAGCGAUUGUUACAAAAACCUGCUGUUCACGUCAGUAUGACAAAUAACUCCACUGUAGAAAGGAUAACCUCAGAGAAGGGCCCAAUAUACCCCAGUUAAAAGAUAUCUAGGUUAUUUAACUUUGUUUAUUUUAUUUGUUUAUUAAAGUGAUAAAUGUUCGCCUAUUAUUAUUUUAACUAUUUGACUACUGGCUGCUUGUGCUGUCAAUGGCCAAAUACUGUGAAUUUCUGUAGUUCCAACUGCAAAAAAAUAGGUGCAUUUAUUUUGUGAAUUUACUUUCAGCCAGAUUUGUUUAAAUUAAUCCAGCUGAAAUUCAGGAAAAAGAGUGUUCCAAUCCUGUUUAUUAUGUAGGCAUCACAUGUUGGUGUAUUACUGGUUUUGAGCAUUAUACUACAAAACGGUAACCUGGUUUGCUUUUAGUAAAUAUGAGAAGUGCAGAUUCAGUUAACAUUUAUCCAGAUGUACUAUUUCAGUGUUAUUCACAAAACAGGGAAUUGCAAUGAAAUUACAAGGGAUUGCCAAUUUAAGGCCAAGAUUACAAAUCCAGCCGAGUUUAAUUAUUUUGGCCUAAAAUGUAUAUAAAUAACCCAAAAUGGCAAAAUUCUCCCAACAGUCGACCCAUUGGGGUUUACUCCUUAAGCGGUGAAUGGUGGUGUAUUGAAAAUAGAUUUGCAUUCUUCAGAGCCAAGCUGUGACUAUGGUGGAGUUGCUGAGAAUAUAUAUAUAUAUAUAUAUAUAUAUAUAUAUAUAUAUAUAUAUAUAUAUAUAUAUAUAUAUAUAUAUAUAUAUAUAUAAUGUGUAUAUAUUUUUUUUAAUAUCGGCUAUUUAGGUCUACAUUUGUAACUUUUCUUUUUUUUUUUCCAAUUCCAUUUUCAGUUCACUGUUUAGUGAGGGAACUCUACUGUGUUUAAGCAGUUUAUUAAUAUAGCAGCCAUCUGGUAAUAUCUUGUAACCCCUAGUAUUACAGUUUAGAUAUAAAGUCUUACAGUUUAGAGAUAUGCAUUUUUUUUAAUUGUAUUUACUUUUAUUGUCCCUGUCUAAAGCGACUAAAAAUCAGUACACCCCUUCUUUACAAAAUUGUUCAACUCAACCUUUUCACGAUGUACUUUUUAAUUUUUUUUAUAAUGAAACUUCAUUGUUUAUUAUUGUAAAGUGUUAUGUUCAAGCCAAAUCUUAAAGGAACCUGUUCCUAUAUCACACAUGCCAUCUCUCUCACAUAGGAGUACAAGCUUGUUAUAGUUGGGCAUAGCCUAGGAGCUGGUGCUGCCUCCAUGUUGGCAAUUAUGCUUCGGAAUUCCUUUCCCACUUUGAAGUGUUAUGCUUUUUCACCACCAGGGGGACUACUGAGGUAAGAAGGAAUGCGGAACUGUGUACUAUUUUCCUUUAUCGGAAAUCUGUAAUGUUGUUUUGUGUUUUUAACCUGUAUCUUGGGUACAAUUCUUGUAUAUUGUGAAUUCAUGAGUUUCAUUGCUUACAGGAUAUUUCCCUAAAUGUGAAUUAUUGGGAACGGACAGUUGACUUUCCAGCUGUAGGCUUAAAUAGGAAACCUAAUUGAGUUAGAUCAUUUUACCAGUUAAGCAAUUUUCGGUCCGAUAUUUCCAAAUCACUAGUCUAAUUGCCGACAAUUUACCCAUUUAGUUAAAAAGCAUGUUAGUGUUAUCCAUUAAAGAAUCCUAACAUUAAUGCUGUAUUCUGCCCUUUCUACAGUCUCCACUGUAAUCUGCCAUUGUAAUAUGAUAUACAUUGUACUUCCUGUUUGUUUUACCAGCUUGCGUAGAUUAGGUGAAUGAGUAACUGUUCUUUGAGCUUGCUACACUUUGGUUCUUACAUGUGAUAAGUUAGAUUAUCUGCAAUGCAAUGUCUCCUUUGAAACCACACCGUUAAUAAAGUGACCUAAAUCACUGUCAGUCAUUCUUGGUUUGUACAUGCCUUGUCCGGUACAGCUCAAACUGGUGUUGAGUAAAGCAGUUCCCUAGAUCUUUGUAAAAAAUUCUAAAUGGCAGAUAUUGAAGUAGUUAUACUGCAGGGGCAUGAUCUAUACACCAAAUCCACUUCAUUAAGCUAAAGUUGUUUUGCUGCUUACAGUAUCCCUUUGAUUUGUGUGGCACUGGAGAUUCAAAAGGGCUUCUUCAGUCCUCUCUGUGUUUAUCAGUAUAGGAAUUUUAGAAUAAAUGUACAUACAGCCAUCUUGAAGAAAACAUAUAUUUGAAACCAACUGGAAAUGUUUUAUGAGGCCACUUGGCUAACUUUCUCUUAUUAAAAUCUUUGUUUUUCUCAAUGCGUUAUGUAUUGUUUAUCGUUUUGUCUCUAGCAAAGGCCUUGCUGACUAUUCAAAGAAUUUCAUCAUAUCAAUAAUACUUGGAAAGGAUCUUGUACCAAGGUAAAUAUUCCUGUAUUUUGUUUGGCUCCAGGUAUUUAAAUAAUUGAAUUAUUUGCUCUGAGGUCAUGGUGUAACAUUAUAUAAAUCUGUUUGUUUUUCAAGAUUGAGCAUGCCCAACAUGGAAGACUUAAAGACUAGGAUUCUAAGGAUGGUCGUAAAUUGCAAUCGUCCCAAGGUAGAUUCAUUUUAUUUACAUGCCCUUUACAAAAUAUAGCAUGGUUUUAAUGAAUAAUCAGUAUGUUCUUUAGGUAUUUAUAGGUAAAAGGCUGCAGGAUUAAGCCAUCAUAUUAUAUGUAUGGAGGUGAAGACAUUGUUAAUGCAAUCUACCAUUCAUUAAUACAUCCUAUCCCAGUGCAAGAUUAUAACCUUUAGGUGUCUCCCUGUUUCUGUGAAAAUAGCAUGAUGCUAAAUUACCACAGCCACUGGCUCCUCAACAGUUUAGUGUCUAUUGGCUAUUUAGAGGUGUCCUUAGGGAGCAAUGUUAACACUGCCAAAUCUCGGUUUCUUCUUUAGCUCAGUGGAGCUUAAAUCAAGAGGCAGACAUUUGCUUAGAGCACCUGCCUCAGGGCCAGAUUUACAUCACAAGUGCCUGUAGGCAAAGUUUUCUCUAGCACCCCCUAUCCAAACUAAUUCGAUUCCCCACUUAUCAAGUAAAUUUCCCCGCAGCCGUAUUCCUCCCAACCAUCAUAUAUUUUUAUUACCAAGUACAUCUCUCAGCAGCCACAUUACCAAAAUCCCCUGUAUAAAUCAAUUACCAAUAAUUCAAUCACCACAGCACCAGUCCAAAUCAAUUAGCUAUAAUCCAAUCACCUCUGCCACAGUUCUACCAUUCACCCCAGUUAUACACUUUCCUCGUCACCCACCAUUACACUACCCAAGCCCACACACUGCAAUUAUGUCCCCAAGAGGGAUCUUUUCCUUUGUCAUAAACUUUCUGUUAAUUAGAGCUUGCUGCAAAGGCUGCAGACAAGAGAUCUGUAUCUGUAAGCUGUAUUUAGAUAUACCCCAAUUGUAAAAAUGUACAAUUAAAUGCAAACAUGUUUUUAUUGUUGGUAUAUCAUUUAAACAGUGAUUUUUAUUUGGGCAGUGGACUGUCUCUUUAAGUCACACUUGAUCAUUUUCUGCUAUGCUUGAUGAAGGAAUACUAAUAUGUGUCGUCUUCUGUUGCUCAGUAUCAGAUCUUGCUGCGGGGAUGUUGGUAUGAAAUAUUUGGCGGGAAUCCUGAUAACUUCCCUACAGAACUUGAUGGCCGAAACCAAGAGACUUUGUCACAACCGCUGUUGGCCGAGCAAGCAUUAUUGGUUCACAGGUCUUCUUCCUACAGUGCCCUGAACGAGGCAUCAACUCUAGACUCUCCAAGACAUCCUCCUCUGUAUCUUCCAGGAAAGAUCAUACACAUCGUAACAGACAGCAGAUCUGGGUGGUAAGUACAUGCUUAAUUUUAUUGCAACUGUGUCUUCAUAAUAGUCCAUUGCUUUGUCUUGCUGACAAAAACAGGUUGUCUUGUAUGUUGACUACUGCAGUCUUCCAUUGAAGGUUCCCUUCCACAUUCCAUGUAACUGUGGAGCAUGGCAGAAAAACUCCAACCAUCAGUUUGAUGUACAACUGCCAUGGUGUAAAAUCCCCAAAAUAAUUCAAAAGCUGUUCUUGUUGUUUGAAUAGAUACUUGGCAGAGAAACCUCUUUAUAAAUGCUGUAUUCCUAUCUAGCGACUGAACUGGUCCAAUACAUGUUCUAACUGGCGAAAUUUACAGAUGGGGUUGUUAACCACCUUGGUGGGUUGCUUUGUCUCUAAAAUACAGACAAAGGGAAAUGUAAUCACAAGCCGAAUGUAAGCCAAGUGUGGUUAUUGCUGAUAUUCUUGAUUACCUUAUAAAUCUGCCAUUUAUUGAAUUCAUGUGUAAAUCAUUGAGAUAUUUUUCUUUUUCUCCCAUUGCUAGGUUGUGCUUUUCGGAUGUCAAAUACAGUGCCAGGUGGUCCAAGGAAAUUUCGUUUGGCAGUAUCUAUAUAAGCCCUAGGAUGCUUACAGAUCAUAUGCCAGACAUUGUACUGAACGCUCUAAGAAGCCUGUGUAACGAGAAAUCCAAUUGCACGUCCUGUCACACACCGCAAGGCUUUUAACGGCAAACCAAAUUGAGCACAUGGCUUGUCCCCCACAUGCACAUUGCCAUGCAUUGUUUAUUCUUUACCUGUGAUGGUCUUAAAUGAAGGACUGGAAAGAGACUUUUGUGGGUGUGAUGUUCCCACAACCAGUUCUAGCAUGGCAGUUGUUUCAUGCUGCAAAAAGACACUGUGAUCUCUCAGAAGGCAUCACAUUUCAUUAAGCACUUACUCAGCAGUUGUUUUGAGUGACUUACAAAAGCCAUAUGGGUAUUGAAAAAUUUGUCGCUGCAAGGAGAGAAACAUAGCCUUACUAAACAUGCUCAUAUUAGAAGAUUUUGGAUAAAUGUUAAGUUGUUGAUUUGCACUUUCACAGGCACGAAAAGACUGACCACAAGUAUUUUGUGAUGCCUUACAGAGGAAACCUUUUUAUUUGGGGGAAUUAUUCACUAAACAGCUAGUUAUAAAUGAUAACUACGUAGUUAAAUGAGUAAAUGUCCAAACCUGUUGGGGUAAGGACACAAUUUCUUUGGAGCAGGGCCUGUAGUAUAGUCAGGUUGUUGCCACGGUAGGGACAAAGCUUACCAGCAAGCGUAUGAUCACAGGGAAAAGGUAGCAGGUCUCCUUUAAAUCCAGAACUGACGUGAAGCAUUAUUCGGAGGUAUUGAAUAAACCUUUUGUUAGUUAUGGUAUCAAGCAGGAUUUCUUAUCUGUUCCAGAUUCCAGACUGCUGUGAACUCUAUGUACAGUGUAUAAUCGGUGGCUGGAAAAUUAGUCAUGCAGGUCCUAGCGAGACCAGAUUAGAAGGUUCAGUCAUGUGUGUGUCAUUAAUUUUUCUGUUUGUUUAAAAUUACUGAUAUUGGGUACUUUGACCCAAGCUGGAGUUUACCUAAAAGAACAAGUAAACUCAAAAUCACAUUGAUCUUAGAAAUGUGUGUGUUACGAGACCUACCUCUCCACAUUUAACUGCCCACUUACAUGCUGCUUUUAUUUGAAAUUAACCCAUAGCACGUAUCUCUUUAUUUGGUUGGCCUUUUUUUUCCUGGUAUAUAUUUUAUAAAUGUAUGCGUACAUUAUUUUGCUUUAUUUAAGCCUUGUGGUAACUGCAUAUUAUGUUGUUUAUUUUCCUUGACUCGCUAAGCUUUCAAAUACAAGUUUUUCUUGUUUUAAAAGGCGUCCCUCUGAAAACCCCUGUACACUCAAAUAAGGAGUAUAUGCCUACAGGGGUUUUAAACGCCUUUGAGUUUUCUAUUGGGUGUAACACAAUCUGUGUGCAGUGCUGAUGUCAUCGGGUUCGGUUUUUUGUUUUGAUUUUUAUUUUUUGCAAAAACAUAUAUGAUAACUUACAUAUAUAACAUGACCAGUGAAAGGGAAUCCAAAAUACCUCCACUAAUUAGUUUUUCUUCAUUUUGCUGUUUAUUUGGGGGGGAUUGUUUUUUCCUCCUUGAUUGCGGCGCCAGAUCUUUUUCCAAGAUGCGCCCAUAUUCACUAUGCUGGUAGUGUUGUACAGCCCUGCCUUUGUGUGCCCUUUUUUUCCCUCCUUGCGAUGAUAGCACUAUUCGUUGUUAUGGAAACAACACAAAUGGCUGGCACCCAAAUUGUGAGAUUUAAUACGAGGGACACAAUGGGCAGGUGAGUAUUGUGAGAAAAUGAGACCUGACAAAGGAAGUGGAGCUUGCCUUAAUUUCCACUCUUUGUCACAAUCUGUCAAACAGAGGAAAAAUGCAUGAGACAAAAUAGUUCCUACUCCGUGUUUUGUAUUGCACAAGAAAAGAACAGAUUAAGAGAGAGGAAGAGAAGAGUAAACAAUUUGAGAAAAGUAUGUUCUGGGUGACAGAGCUGCUUUAAAAUGUAACACAGAGGUUUGUUAAAAGACAACCUUCCUCCAAUUUCUAGUGCAAUUUAUAGAUAAUGGAUUAAAAUAUAGUAAAAUUAAAAAAAGAAAAUAUACUCGCCUUCAAGGAUUCUGAAGCUUCAUAGGCAGACCCACACACUCAGGAUGAGACUCCACUAAGCAGGAGCGGCUCAUUCUGGUCUUUGUAAUUUGAUCCUAUAAGCGUCAGUCCAUCAGGAAUUUAUGGUAUAAGUAGUUUAUCCAAAUAGAGCAAUUCCAUGGAUGAGUGGAACUGCGCUGCAAACUGAUUGUAGCCAUGUGUAUCUGCUAUGAGUUUUACAUAGAGCUCGGCUCACACCUUUGUAAACUGGGCUUUGUGCUGCAACAUGCAGAGCCUGGAGAAGGCAGAUAUCCUUUCUACUAGCGCAAGUUGCGUCUGUAUUCUGCAUGAACAGAAUUGAUGCAUCAAUAGAAGUAGUAAAUACUUCCUGUUUGCUGUGUCCGAUCCAGGAGGUCUAGCAGCUGCAUUUUUUACAAAUACAUUUUAAACCAUUUUCACAUUUUCAGCCUCUAAAAAAAGGGAAAAGUUCUUAUGAUACAUAGAAUGACCCUUGAAUAUCUUUUCCCUGUUGAGCGUACAGUAAGUACAUUGACAGUGUUGCAUGUUAUUUAACAGUGCUUGCAUUGUAUUCUAUUCUUCUUUUAAAGGGACACUUUGUGUCAGAUUUUCUCACACUAUUAUUUAAUGUAGUAUAAUGCUUUUUCAUUGAGAGGGAUAUUGCAUUGUGUUUAACCCCUUAAGGACCAAACUUCUGGAAUAAAAGGGAAUCAUGACAUGUCAGACAUGACAUGUGUCCUUAAGGGGUUAAACAAAGAAAUGUAUAUCUUCUUGCUUACAAAAAUGUCUCUCCUGGAAGAACCACUGGACCCUUACCCUCCUCAAUUUACCUACACCUUGGCCAGGAUUAGAGAAAGGUUCAUUCAUGGUCAAGUCUCCAUUCCUUCCUGUUAUGAACUUUCAGCUUGAUUAUUUGGGCCUUAAAUUAGAAAUUCGCUUCAGUGAAUAACUCUGCCUGUAUGAGUGCACUGCGGUGCUCUUAUUGUAGCUUCUUGAAGGAAAAUAAAUAAAUGAUCCCUUACUCCACGAGUAGAAUUCUAGAAUUCAGACACAUUGGAACUUGCAUUGUGUUGCUAUGUUAAUCAGGUCCGUGUGUUGGGUGUUUGUUAAUUUAGGAUAGAAUUAUUUUACUGAAGUACAGUGUGCAAUCUCAAUCUUUCUUCACUAUAUUUUUGGUUUUAAGGACAAGCGUCCCUUACCCUCCUUAACCUAAACUGGAUUUGUGAGUUCACUAUUGUAUCUUGUCCAAAACAAAAUUCCUUCCAGAGGUAGCGAUUGGAGUAAAGGCAGUUUGUUUGUUUUGUUGUUUUUUUCUCAAACCUGAUCUCUUUGUGUUAAUCUACCAGUAUUUGUUUUUGUGUGAUCUCUUUAUGUAAAUCUAUUUGUUUGUGUGUGAUCUCUUUGUGUAUAUGUCAUGUUUUUGUAUGUCUAUAUUUUUAAAAAGACACCACCGUUUUAGAGAGAAUCCUAUUUUCACAACAGGCCGGGAAUGACUUGCUAGCAACAAGAAAUGAUUUGCUAGACUGCAAUACCGACUUUAAAUAUGAAAUAUUAAGUGUUCUAGUUGUUCGAGAACUUGUGUUAAUGCGGUAAUAAUUGUUAUUCUGACAAAAUUGGAUGUGGAAUUUAUAAAAUAUAACUUCUGUUUGGAUACCAGUAAAACACGCCAGGAUUUUACUAAAUGUGAUCUCGUUCACUUACAGUCUCACAUAUUUCCAAAUGUGACCUAGCAGAGUAAAAAGAUUUUUUUAAAUAUGCACAAAUAAAAAAGCACAGAUUAAGAAAUCCUGAGCUAGGCAUAGUAAUUAUGUGGAUUUCGUACACAGCAGCAACACUAGAAUAAACAGUGUAAAAUCUAGUUUGUAAAUGAAUGUUGGUUGAUAACUCUAGAAGUUCUGCCAAUGAAAUGGUAUUGAUAAGUUCAAGGCAUGCUUCAUCAAAAGAUUGAUCAAAGUAUAAUAUACAACUGGAUUUUAAAGCGAUGCUCAACACCAACACAACCUUUCAUGGAUUUUAUGGCUUUUGUCCCAAUAAGGGUGCCUGCAAAGUAGGUCCCUAGAUAUUAUAGAAAUAGAUGUCUCUGGCAAACUACCACAUUUGGGAUCUACAUUGUAGGCCAUCUCUGGUCCCAAUAAUUACAUACAUUAUUUUGUAUGCCCACUUUUGAACAGCUUUUGCACAAAAAAAAAAAAUAAACAUUUUGCAGCAUUCUGCAUCUUUAACCCGCCUCCCUGUCAAACCUUCACCACUAUACAAUGAAUUGUUCAUGCUAGUUCCUGUACCCUUUCUGUGCCUCCCUCCUAAUCUCCAGCGUUCAAUAAGACAGUGGGCUUCUGGGAGCUUUAGUUCACCCAAUUCUUAUAAGCAGACAGCUAAUAACUGAACUACAAGUCCCUAGGUUCCUGCUAUAAGCAAAACUGGUAUUGUGCGUAGCGAUUUGAUUUCUGUUAAUCAGAGGCUGCUGGGUUAAACAUGUCUCUCCGUCCGGCUGGAAAAAGUAUGUAAUGUAAUGUAUACAGAUAUUCACAAAAAUAUAUAUUUUUUUUAAUUAUAUUUUGGC